GCUUUGCCUGCCUGGUGGUGGUAGUUGGAGUAACGGAGAGGAGACGGGUCCACGUAUUACCAUGCCGAGAUUUGGACUAUACAAACUACAUGCAAAACAUCCAAAUAUGCGAGAUUAAUCUAAACCGAGGUAGGUGAAUGUUUGUAUGAGUGCACGGUGGACAUGUUUGGUCUUUAAUAGCUCUGCUUCAGUGUGUGAGAAACGUUUAAAAAAGUUGAGGUAGGUUAGCUCUCGCUAUUGUGGACGCUUGAAGAAACCAGGCGCCGCUGCUUUCUCUGCUUCUUCUCCGGGGAAGUUUAACCUCUGUAAAAGUAUCCGUCCAGAGCCGCUUUGGCAGCACCACUGGCUUUAUUUUGUCAAACUCGUUCGCUCGGGAGCUUGUGCGUUGUCGGCUAAGUGUUUGUGAAAAGUAUGAGUGUUUUUUCAAGCAUUUUUCUCCUUAGCGCAAAGGCUGCCCUCGGCUCAUAAAGUGAACGGUUUAAGUUGGGGGAUGGGGUUAGAAAUGAAGCAGUCUGGAGGCACUAAACUUACUUUCUUCAAACAAUUCCUGCUUUUUCAAAAUAAAUCAAGUGUAUUUGCAGCUUUAGAGGAAGCGAAUGAAGUAAACGACACGUCUUUUUCAAUGACUUUACGUUAAAAAAAGUAGAAGGAGUUCAGAUUUUCCUUGGGAUUUUUUUUCUUUUACAAUGGUUUCCCACAAGCAGAUGGUUCUUUUGUACCUGCAGGCUGGUACGGGAUACUCUGAGAUUUGAGGUGACUCAAGCACGCCUGUGUUACUUAUUAACCCUACAUGGUGCAUUAAUAACUAAACCGAGGCAGGGUCAUUUUACUACCAGUAAAAGUAAAUAAUGUAGGUUUUAUAUUCAACACUCCUGAGCAGACAUAGCAACGUCCUGCUCUUAUUUGUCUUUGUAGGGACUCCAGAGGUUAUAAAGCGGCUGUAAACUACUGAGUGUGCAAUUUUAAAGCAGUUUUCCUCUAAUCUCCUCCUGCGGUUAUAACAUUGAUCGUGUUUCAAUGAGUUUGAAAGGUUUUCUGUAAAUGUGUCACACAUUGCUGGUGGUAUUGUUGUAGUAUACCGUUGUUGCAAGUUGUAUAAAAUAGACUCUGAAAUCCUUGGUGGUUUACCAGAAUUCACUGCAUGUCCACUAAAUAUGCAAUUGAAGUUUUUUUUCUGAACUCAUCCGCCUGUGUUUAAAUUAGACUCAUCUGUUCUUGAGUGCUCAUAGCUGGCAUCUGGCAUUGUGCAUAGAGCGCUGAGCAGAGGCACAGACUUAGAUCUCCUCACCUGACUGCCUGCUCUGCUUUAUCUUAUUUCCACAUGGAACAUAUUUGGCUGUUCACCAGCGGAGCCAUCACUUGUCAUGACAUUAAAGGGAGUCUGGGAAAGUGCACUGCAGAGAGAGGAAUAUGGUUAAAGCAUUAGGAGUAUCUUUCCACGGGGGAAGAUAGUGGAAAAUAGUGAUUUCAUGUGGUUAUUUGCUAUUUCUAUCUCUCUUAGUUUGAAUUCCAGUUUGCUUUAUAUACAUGCUUGAUACUAACAGGUUUUUUUUUGUGUGUGUUUGUGUUUCUAGGUGGUUCUGUGUCAAACACGGUACGAUAAUGGGGAAGCACUUGGUUUCACUGCUCGCGCUGCUUCUGCAGCUCCUCAGUGGCUGUGCAGGGAACCAAAGGACGGUGGGGGCCGCCUCCAUGCAGUUCACCCACUCUGUUUACAACGCCACCAUAUAUGAGAACUCUGCUGCUAAGACUUACUUAGAGAGUCACACAAAGAUGGGGAUCUACAUCACGGACCCAACCUGGGAGAUACGGUACAAAAUCAUCUCUGGAGACAACGAAAACUUGUUCAAAGCAGAGGACUACCUGCUGGGAGAUUUCAGUUUUUUGCGAAUAAGGACCAAAGGAGGCAGCACUGCUAUACUGAAUCGGGAGGUUAAAGACCACUACAUGCUGACUGUUAAGGCGUCAGAGAGGAGCACUAACUUUGAGUGUCGCACUAGAGUAAAGGUGCAGGUACUGGACACCAAUGAUUUACGGCCUCUCUUUUCACCAACGUCCUACAGCAUUUCUCUGCCCGAGAACACGGCCAUACGUUCCAGUGUGGCCAAGGUCACAGCAACAGAUGCAGAUAUCGGUACAAACGGAGAGUACUACUACAGUUUCAGGGAGUGGACGGACAUGUUUGCGGUCCAUCCCACAAGUGGCGUUGUGACGCUGACGGGAAAACUUGACUACUCUGAGACAAAGCUGUACGAGUUGGAGAUCCUCGCGGUGGACAGAGGGAUGAAGCUGUACGGUAGCAGCGGUUUCAGCAGCAUGGCCAAACUCACUGUGAGGGUGGAGCAGGCAAACGAACAUGCACCUGUAAUCACUGCGGUUACCCUAGCACCCUCUGAUGCAGACCAUGACCCUACCUAUGCUAUUGUGACAGUGGAGGAUAGUGACCAGGGACCAAAUGGAGAGAUAGCAUCAUUGAGUAUUGUAGCUGGUGACCCUCUUCAGCAGUUCAAAGCUGUGAGAACCAGCCCUGGGAGCAAAGAGUAUAAAAUCAAAGCAGUCAAAGAGGUGGACUGGGACAGCCAGCCUUUUGGAUACAACCUCACUUUGCAGGCGAAAGACAAAGGGAGCCCCCCUCAAUUUUCAUCUGCUAAAUUGGUACAUGUCACUUCAGCACAGUUCAAAGUGGGCCCUCCAGUGUUUGAAAGGGCCGUUUACAGAGUCAAUCUGAGUGAAUUCGCCCCUCUUCACACACCUGUCACUAUGGUAACAGCCAUGCCAAAGCACCCACAGUUAAAAUACGCUUUUAGACACAAAUCUGACAAAAACAGAUUUGCUAUCAAUCCAGAUACAGGCUUAAUCAGCACAGCGGGACCAAUCAAUGCUGACAUUGCCCCGCGAUUCGAGCUCGAUGUGAUUACAAGUGACAAAAAAGCGGCCACAAAAGUAAUCGUUGAUGUGAUUGAUGUGAAUAACAAUGGACCCGAGUUUGAGCAGACGUCCUACAAGGCCACUGUUGAUGAGGAUGUACCCAUUGGGACCAGCGUGGUUACAGUCAAAGCCACAGAUCUAGACAAAGGCGAGAAUGGCUAUGUGACCUACAGCAUUACCAAUCUGAGCCCUCAGCCAUUUGUUAUUGAUUAUUUCUCUGGUGUCAUCAGUACCUCAGAGGUCCUGGAUUAUGAGCUCAUGCCAAGGAUUUACAAUCUCAAAGUCAGGGCAUCAGAUUGGGGAUCCCCUUUCCGGAGAGAGGUGGAGGCAUCAGUCACCAUAACAUUAAAUAACCUCAAUGACAAUAAGCCUCUGUUUGAAAAUGUGGACUGUGAAGUGACUGUGCCGAGAGACCAUGGUGUUGGAGAGCAGAUAACAACAGUAUCUGCCAUUGAUGCUGAUGAACUGCAGCUGGUACGAUACUACAUAAAAGCUGGAAAUGACCUCGAUCUGUUUGAACUGAACCCAAACUCUGGCAUGCUCUCUCUGAAGCACCCGCUGAGCGAGGGGGAGGCAGCUAAAGUGUCCCUUCAUAGUUUACAGAUCAUUGCGUCUGACGGCGAACAUGAGACUCACCCUAUGAUCAUGAACAUAACUGUCAUCACGGCACGCAAACCUGUACAGCUGAAAUGUGUUGAAACGGGUGUCGCUACCAUGUUGGCGGAAAAGCUACUCCAGGGCAGCAAAAUCCACACGCAGACUGAGCCGGAUGACAACUUAAUGGACAUUCACUCAGUCAACCGGUACUCUCCCCAGUUUGCUGAAUCUUUCCCCAGUGUCGUUGAAGUCAAAGAGGACCUCCCUGUUGGGGCCCGGAUUGUCCAUUUGAGCGCCACAGAUUCAGAUAGCGGCUUCAAUGGGAAACUAGUGUACGUUAUUUCUGGAGGAGACACAGAUAGUAGCUUUAUAGUAGAUAUGGAAACUGGCUGGCUUUUGGUUUAUUCCCCAUUAGAUAGGGAAACAACUGACUAUUACACCCUAAACAUCACAGUUUAUGAUCUAGGCAUACCCCAGAAGUCCUCAUCUCGCCUCUUGGGUGUCAAGAUCAUAGAUGCAAAUGAUAACAGCCCUCAGUUUCUGCAAGAUUCAUACUCAGUUGAGAUAAGUGAGAACACACCUGUUGGAACAGAUAUUAUCCAGGUGGAUUCGACAGACAAGGACCAAGGACAUAACGGGGUUGUGAGGUAUUCAAUUCUGGGGGGGACCAAUCAUUUUGUGAUCAAUGAGGAGACUGGCGUGGUGACUGUGACAAAGCCGUUAGAUCGUGAGCUCCAUCCAGUUUAUAUCUUGAAAAUAGCAGCACGUGAUCAGGCCGUGAAUGAGCCUCAGCUGGUGUCGACUGUGCCGCUGAAAAUCACCUUGGAAGACGUGAAUGAUAACCCACCGAAGUUUGUUCCUCCUAAUUAUCGUGUGAAGGUUCGUGAAGACCUUCCCAUCGGUACUGUGAUCAUGUGGCUGGAAGCUCAUGAUCCUGACGUUGGACCUUCCAGUCAGGUACGAUACAGUCUUAUUGAUAACGGAGAUGGAAAUUUUGAAGUGGACAAACUGAGUGGCGCUUUGCGGAUUGUGCAGAACCUAGAUUAUGAGACCAAGCAGGUGUACAAUCUAACAGCUAAAGCUAAAGACAAAGGGAAGCCCAUGUCCUUGUCUUCAACCUGUUUCAUCGAGGUGGAUGUCGUGGACGUAAAUGAGAACCUGUACAGGCCUUUGUUCCGAUCGUUUGUGGAAAAGGGAUUUAUAAAAGAGGACGCACUCAUCGGGACUUCUGUGAUGACUGUGACAGCAGAAGACGAGGACACGGGACGAGAUGGAGAGAUUCGAUACUCCAUACGGGAUGGAUCUGGCCUGGGGAUAUUUACCAUCGAUGAGGAAACUGGUGAGUUUCUUUUUUUCAGUUUGUGUGAAGGCUGUGAUAAAUCCUGAAAUGGGCAGCUUGAAUGAAUUUGCAUUGGGAAAGUUUCAUGCAGUUGGAGUUCAUUCAGCCAUGACGCUUUGUGGAUCAGUGGGGUAAAGGGAGUCUUCCUGCAGACAGUUAAGGUUCCUGAUUCCAGUCAUUUUUCUUCUUUGGAGGAAUUGACUGCAGGAACAGAUGGACCAGCUGUCUCUCAGACCUGUGUGGACAUUCCUGAGUGGUUGCUGUGGUUCUAGAAAAGACUGAGUGAUUCCACCUCCUUUUCCGCAGCUCUGCUCUCAAGAGUGCGAGGACGUUUUAAAAUAGUUCUGGUUGUAAAAUUAAGAAUAUCUGUUAGACCUAAGGUUAAAAUAUUCUAAUAGCAUUCUUACACUGGCAUAUUUUCAGUGCUCCAGGCAGGAUUUACUUGCGGGUUUCUUAUUAUUUUGCAGAAAAAAUGUUAAUACGCACCCAGCUGCCCAGAAAGAUUUUAACAGCUGACUCAAAUUAGCUCAAAAUAAGCAGUCUGGAAUUCCAGGAGUUCCUGCCCAAAACCUUGCAAUCACCUGAUUUGGAUGUUUUGGACUUGGCUAGCUGCCCCCCUUUUCUGAUGGCGGUAACCACAUUCCACAUGUGACUUUUUCUUAAUUGAAGCUCAAUUUCUCACUGAAUUAUACACAGUUGAAGUCUGAGCCAGUGAAACUUCAUGCACUAUACAUUGAAUUCUCUUGGCAAAUGUAACCUCAAAGGUUCAAUGCAGCAUGAAAGCGGGGGAUUAAAUUUUUCAGUCUGCUGCUGACUUUACUGCUGCAAAAGUGACUUAUAGCUCCGGUUUAAUGUUUAUUACAAAUCAGGUGUAUGUGAAUUAUUCAGGAAGCUGACAGGAAGUCUCUUCAGUGACUCUGUUGGGAAAUACUUUCUUCUGCCGGGUAAAUUUAGCAUGAGGAGAUAAAGCUUUAUGAAGGAUUCGUCCUCCAGGGCUUUGUGUCAGCUGUGGUGUGUUUGUGAUUGUUUCUGUGGUCGUGGUUGGGUGUCUGAUUUGUAAUAAGAUCUGUUUUAUGAACAGAGAUGCAGAGGGAUUUAAAGUAAGACUGCCUUUUCCUUCAUGUCAGUAUUGCAAGUUGCAUGCGGUGUUAUUUUUGUUUAUUUGAUAAGCAAAGUGACUGUGAUUCUGGUUGAGUUCAGCAUGGAGUCAGUACAGUGAUGAAGAGAAGUGCAUCAAGGGGAGCCAGGUAUGAAAAGAAAACCUCGACAGUAGAACAAUAAGAGAGCAAGGCAAGAUGAAGCUGCCAUGUUGUAUGAAAAGGUCAGGGUUGCAAAGUGACCCACUUUUCACCUCCUUCUGACUUGGUUGUUGAUUGUUUUGGUCUGUGAUGCAACAGGUAAAAUGAGCUGAAAGGAGGCAUGUCUCUCCGUGCUUAACCUACUGAAUGAUGUAGAUGAAAUGUGGACUAAAGUACUAAAGUAACAGUCUUGAUUGAACCACAUGCAGACCAGUAUUUAAUUCACGCCUAACCCCACAUCCUGAGUCAGGUAAGAUUCCAUGGAGCCAGGCCUGAUCUGCUACUUAAUCCCAGAGGGCCUAUAUUAAGUUAUUGACGGAAGGUGCAAUAAUGGGAUUGUCCCGGGUGGGGUCUUGUUAUUAUGGAUUACAUCUGAGGUCAGUAGACAACUAAAUACAGCCAAGGUGGUAGUGCCCCUCCUAUGAUUUAACGACAUGCAGGGCGUGGUUUUGAAGGCUGUCCUAUGCAUUUAAAAUAUUUGCAGCUUAGAGGGAGACAUAAGCAUAGCCCGCUAUAUAUUUCAUCCUGCAGCUGCAUGUUGUGAAUCUAAACCAUUGAGUUUUGAACGGUUUAUAAUUAGAAAACAAAUGAAAAAGUGUUUUGGAGGAAAAUGCCCGGAGCCAAACACCUAAAGUUAUAGAAUAAGUUUGUAAGGGUGGAAAUGAGUCAAGGAAGAUGGUCUUUUCUGGUUGAUUCUUGUAAUUUGAAAUGGACUUGUGUGAAAGUAAUUUAGCCUUUUCCGUGGUUUCAUCUAUUUUGUAGUGCAUUGUUUGUUCAUUCACCACAUUAUAAAUCACUGCCCUUUCAGUUAGUCUUCAUAUGGUGGGAUCCAAAACACCAAUCUGGUGACAACAAUCCUACUUAGUGGGUAACUUUUGUGUGGACAGCACAGCGCUCUGUGGUACUCUCUGCAUAAAGACAGUGACUGAUUCUCAUGAAGUAGGUGUUAAACAUUUCUGAACAAAGGUUGUAUUUUAGAUCGUGCUCUGCUGGCUUCCCACUUAACCAAUGUUCCCAAACCACAGAAAGAACAAUGAACUUAUUUGUUUAUGAAACGUAGUAAUUACAUUUAAAUGUGGCGUGUGUGAACGCGGUUGGUUUAUUGCUAUCCUGCUCUCAUUUACAUCAAUCUCAAGUAGAACCCUUCAAUGCAAGCCACGUCCCGCUCCAGUUAUGGUUACUUUCCUGUCAAGCUGCUCAGGGAGUCCAUGGCAACUGUUGGCCCAGACAUUCUCAGUGUUAUUAAAAGCUCUGCGGUCACUGGCUUGGUGCCAUCUUAAUUUAAACAUACUCUUAUCGAGACUCUUUUCUGGGCCCCUUCAUAUUUUAGGGACCAAAUUUAGCAUUCUCUGUUUUAACUGGGGGGGUUGUAGCUAUGUUAGAGACACAGAAGACCAGUAGGGAUCCUUAAAAUACUUGAAACUAUAACUGAACUUUGAAAAGCAAAACACAUUCUGGGUGCUUUUUAUACAUAUUGGAGCAGAAAUAAAUGAAAAUGUGGUCAGAAAUUCAGCUUAAAUAGGGGAAGAUGAGCCUUUGACUGUUGGUUAGAAAUCCAACAUCCACUCCUGCCCCAGUUCAGUCAGCUGGCUCCUGAGAAGUAGAUUUAAAUCGUAUAAUUUGGGAGAGAUUUUGGUCUCCUGUGAUCCGUGCACAUUCUCCACCCCUCUGUACAGGGAAGGAUGCACACACUUUACUUUUGAUGGCUUGUAUGUCUUUAGUGCCCGGCUACAGCUUAAAAUGCUGCUGCCCUGGAGGUCAACCGAUAUGGGUUCUCAAGGGCUCAUGCCAAUUUUAAAAAGGCAAGUAUGGCAAAUUGACUACGUGAUACUUUUUUUUUUUUUACCCAGUUCCCAUCAAGAAAGGCCUUGCAGCUGGUGCUCUAAAACCACGGAAAGCAAUUUUUUAAAGAUGUUAGCACUCACUGGCUGGAAUCACACCCUCAGCUGUUAGCGUGGCUGUAGAGUAAUCCAAAGGAGCGCUGCUUACAUUAUAUAGGUCAGCAGUUUGGAUUGUUUUGAGGAUUAUAGUUCCUUACACAGAGCCCACUUAGGGAAGUAUGUGCCUGUGAAAUAUCUGCUAAUUUCUCAAAACAUUCGUUGGAAGUUAGCAGAUGAACCCAUUUAGGGUCACAGAAACAGCUGAAUAAUAAAAGACGCUCUUAUCAUGCUGAAGCCAAGCAAGCCUGAACUCCAUAAAACUCACCUGACUCACACUGACACACCUUGGAUGAGGCACGCUCAGACGAUAAAAUAAGGUUAGGGCAUUGUUUUAUUGCCAAUGAGUAAUCAUCUUCUCAUUUCCUGUCGCCUGCAAUGACUGAAAAGGGCUGAGCUCUAAUCGAUCAAAAGUUAAGACGAUGGCAGUAAUCUGAUAAAGUCAAGGGAAGGGCAUGGUAGAGACCUUCAUAAGAGACCUUUGGACACUCUAUAACAUUAAUCAUGGUUAGACUCUAUAAAGCUGUAGGAUAGAGUUGGUUGGGGACAAAUCUUGGUAGCUUGAAUUGAGGAGUUUGAGACUGUUAAAUGCUCAAAGUGGUUUAGGAAAAUAGAUGCGUACCCGUCCAAAAUCUGUAGUUAGAGCCAUUUGAAGCCAAAGUCUGCAGUCUACAAAGUUUGAGUGAAAGUGGAGGAUUAUGGGCUGUGAGUGGUCAAAUGAAAGAAGUACACUGUUGUGUUAUACUCAACUGUCGUGAUCUGUAACUACUGUAAAAUUCAGCGUAUAAGACGCACUUUUGCUUGCCUUUAAGGUCAGUAUUAUUUUUCCAAAAACAGACCUCUCACAGGAUUUCAUGGUACACGUCCUUUCUGUUGGUAGUGAAUUUCAUUACCUAUAUAAAUUUUCAGCAGGUAUGCAGAUAUCUAGAUGGGUUAAUCUGACCUAGAUCUGUUGAGACUGACAUACUCUGGUUUACUUGUUAUGGUGAAUUAUCUAAACCUUAGAGAAGAGUCAGAGCUGCUCAAAGGACAAACAAUGUCCAUGUGUUCACCUUUGAGAACCUCAGGGCAAGUUAAGGUUUGAAAAUAGAUACAGCUGACACAGAAAAUUGCAUUCAAAACAGCUUGUUUUUACAGAAGAAAGAGAAUUUUUUUUUUUCCCGUUAGGAAGGUGAGCAGACAAGAGCGUGUUCAGUCAAGAUUAGACACAGAUGCUGAUUGUAUAAUGUAUGCAAUGCCCUUUCUUGUUGGAUAAUAUAUGCAUUGCCCUUUCACUUGAAGCUGUUUGCAGCCUGUGCUGUAAAUGCAUCCUUUGUGCAAAGCAAAGGAAACCGUCUGAUGCGUGAUGACAAAGUCCUUUUAGUGUUGCUUUCCAUUUCCACAAAAAAAAAAAAAAAAAAAAAUUGCCCGUCACUUUACUUCUUUUUCCACCGCUCUCUUAUUAAAGCGAACACAUUCUCGACAAUAAUGAGAGAACGUUUGCUCUUUUUAUGUGGUGGGUCUGUCAGUAUCGAGUUAAGUUUGCUGACAGUUAGAGCAGUUGCCUUUUCUCCCUAAUUUUCCAUUCUGUGCCUAUAUGUUUGAGAUAAAAGUGGGACUGCUAAGUGGCACAUGAUUCCAAAUAGUCUUUGCUUGAGUGCUGUUACUGUGGAGACGGGACCAGGAAUGUGCAGCGGGACCAAGUUGAUUGUAGGUUGCUAAAUGAAAAACACACUUCCCCUAGUUAAAAGUAUGUUGUUCUCUCAGUCCAUUAAGUCUUUUUAAAGAAACUUUUAAGACGGUCUUGUGCGAAGGAUGUGCUUCAUUGUAUGUCAACUGUUGUCAUGCUGACACUCUCAUGAAUAAAAUGUAUAGUUUUAAUUUCUCUUGAUGUAUUAGGAUCGUGUUGAAAAGUAGUGCCUCUCACAGUGGCUCCAGAGAGAGAUUCAGAAGUUUAUUAUUAUGUUUUUGUGUGUAGAUGAACUUAUUCAAUUAGGCAGAACUUAAAUGCCAAAAAUACUAUACACUCACAUACUUCAAGUGUUUAUCAUUAUCUGUAGGGAUGCAGUGGCAUUUUCCCCAUAGACGCAUCCAAGCAUCUUUACCAGGGACUCUUAUCCUCGCUGAGCUAAAUUAUGUCGAAAACAUAAGAGAUACUGACAGGCUUUUAUCCUUUUAUUCAAAUUUUAGCGACCAUUUCAGGCAUUUAAAGCCAAUUUCAUGCUGUCUGAUACUUGACGAGUGACAGCCCUGGCCACAAAUGCACUCAGGUGCUGGGAAGUGGGUGUGCAAAAAUACAUUGCCUGUCUGUCAUCCAAUUUAUCGUAUGCCAUUGAUGGCUUGGAGUAAUUUUUUAGUCAUGCAGUUCAAGUGAGAUUAUUCCUUCGAUUUGAACUUUAAAAAAGGAUAUUAUAUCAUACAAGUUUGCGUUUCUGUUCAUUUUUGCGUAUUGUGCAAUAGAAAGUGAUGGGGAAUGAGAGAAGAGUCCGUGUAUUGAGAAGUAGGCGAUCUAAACAUUUAUAGGGAACCAGAAUCUGAAGAUUUUUGCUAAAUUUCCCAAAGUCAUCAGGACAAUAUACACCUAAUUAGACCUCUAAGAAGUAGACAAGAAAGAAGGGAAUUUACUUGCUUAGAAAAGUUUUAUUAAAAUAGCCUUUUUUUUCAGACAUAGCUUAUCUUAAAAAUCAGAUGUUGGAUCCCCCUCAUACUUCUGAAAAUCACGAUCAGCUAGUUGCAUCUUGUGUCUUUGCUGUAGCACAGUUACCGACUGGGACUGUCGCUCAAGUUGAUGCGACUGCUUUAUUGCUACAAUGUUAUUUUGAAUGUGGACAAAUACAGGUGGCAAAUGGCAUUUCAUUCUGAUCAGAAAAAUGGAGAUAAAGAUAAAAGUUUGAAACCAAUGAUGUUUUCUUUGUGAUGAGUUUUGUUGGUGUCAAAAUUUCUGUUCAAACCAUCAGAUUGGUACCGAUCUGUUUUCAUGUACUACACCGAUAAGUUUGGCUUUACAGAUUGAAAGCCACAAAACCUCUGCUCUGCAAAGGUAUCUUUGGAACAUCUCUCUUCACUAUAAGCUCUCUUGGUAAAGUGCGCCAUCAGCUGAAAGAUUACAUCCUCCUUAGGCCAGCUGGGGUUGCAGUACACAAAGGAAACAAAGAGAAAGCAACAGUGUAGAUAGUAAGAUAACUAUAAAGAGCAUUAGGAGUAAUAGCAUUGAGGAUGGACCUUGUGUUCCUCCUCAUUGUUAUCAGAAGCACACAGAGCUCCUAAGGGUUAGGAGGUAGAGCAGCAUCUCCUCGAUGUGACUGCGAUAUUUGAAUCAAGGAGUAUUGCUCUGAGGCCUGCGCAAAAGGCCUUUGAAAUAAUGUUGUUCCGAGUAACAAUGGAAGCUUUGUAUCGUCCGCUAAGACACAAAAAGCUUUCUCGACUGGAAUUAAUAGGCAAUUUAAAAAAGAAAUAAGGAAAGAAACCCAUUCAGUCAUGCAACACAGAGAUGUAACAACUGAAUCAAAAGAUUUUUUAAAGUCAUGUCCCGAUGCUCACAGUCAGUGCACAAAUAAAUGAUUUUGAUGUUUUCUUUAGACACAAGUUUCUCUCUCGCUGAAGAAAUUCUGAACUCAUUUUGUCUGCCGGCUGUGAGGCAGCGUUAGAUCCCACUUUGAAACUCAGAAAAAAAGAAAUGAUAGGACUACUUUGCUGUACAGAGUAUCAGUGUUCUUCAUUGUUCGGCUGGUGAAAUAAUGGAGCCAGACUUAAGUAUACUUUUCCCUUGAGCCAGCUGUUGACAGCAAUUUUAUGUCAGGACGAGAUGUAUACAGCCGGUUUAGUGGAGCAUGAAGUAGAAAUGGCUGACUGGAUAUUGAAAGAGAUAGAAAGACAAGGUUUUUUGUGCGAUAGUGGAUCAUCAUCAUCAUCGGGAUAAUCUCUGUGCUUUGUCCUAAUGUAUUAUGACCCCUGAGUGCCCUGAAAGCAAAACAGAGGAAUUAAUGUGAGUCAGGGAGCUAUGCUAUUUAUUGAAAGUCUCCUCAUAGCAGCAAAACAGCGUUAUUUCAACUGAACAUUGAAAUCAGACGACCAUAGAUGGCAUGAUGUCUCAUCGCAUUGUAAACAACACAAAAUAUUUGAUGCCAAAAAUAGUCUUAUUGUAGCUCUUUAUGAAAACUUAAAACUGAUGUGCUUUGUGGACAGAGUGGAGAUUUACAAAAGAUAAGCUGUGAUGAAUCAGCAGUUUUAGGGCCUGUGUCCACUGACAAUUUUUUUUUCUUUUACUCUGGCAGCAUUCACAAUCUAGAGUUGAGAGCUCUUCUCACUGGUGUUUACUGUGGCUUGGUAUGUAAGCAAUCCUGCCAGGGCAAAAACAAACAAAUUAAUAAAUAAACUUUGGUGGACACAGGCCCUUGAUUUGUUGCUUGUUUAAACACCAGGUGAAGAUAGCAAACACUGUCUGAAAGGAGCUUCAGGUUGCAUUUGAAAAGGACUGGACAUGCUAAUUUAGUUAUAACAGAUUCACAAGUUCCUCGUGCAACAGGAAACAUUAUUAUUUAAAACUAAACUACUACCACCAGUGCACUGACACAGUGAAGUAAAACAAGCUUGCCUUUGGACACCGAUCUGUUGCAAAACAACAAAACCUAUUUUUGUGUUGAACUUUACGUCUAGUUUUCCAAAGGUCCUGACAUAAUGAUGACCAGACUCAACAUCUUUGAAGAAUGGAUCAGAUGUCAGUGAACUUUUGGGUUAAUAUGAUAUUUGGUUGCUGGGUAACAGACCAGCCAUUUAAGGACGCUUUCUAUUACAUUAGGCCUGACAACGUGGAGGUGGAAUUUGAAGCAUUCUGCUGGAGCUGUGGACAGAGAGGUGGGGGGAAACGCACCGAGAAAGUUUAUGUAAGCAUGUGAGCUAGAGGCCUGAGAAGGCAGAGGAAUGUGGGGUAGGGGUGAGCAGAAUUAACGAAGGUAGUUCAAAGCAAGCCCCAACUUUUUCUACCGCAGAAUGAACAAGGAAGUGGGAAAGGCUGUGCAGUAUCACAGCAGUCUGAGUGGAUGGUUAAUGGUCAAAUCUUAGUUCUCACAGUCAUGGGGGGAAAAAUCAGCAUGAGAGACAACCUGGGUUUUGUGCUAUUAACCCUGCAUUGAGAGCAUGAACUAUAUUUAGUACUCCACUUUGUUUCACUUGCCAACUUGUGACCUGCAGUGAGCAGUUUAAAGCGGCUUUCAAAAGCAAAUUUCACCCUUUUCAAACUGUGGCAAACUGAGCCUUCACUGUAAGUUGCAAAGGAAUAAAGUCAUUGUGAAUCUGCACAGGAUGUGGCUUUAAAUACACAGAUACAUAAAAUACCUGCUGGCCUUGAUAAUUCGUAAUCCUCUGGCUGUCUGAAUCCUCCAGCACUCUGCCACUGUGCUCAAGUAACUUUGAAGAACAAAUCCAGAGGGAAAAGAAAGGAGCUGUUUUUCUUUCUCUUGUGGCCUAAGGGCAGGUUUUUGCUUCUGCCUCUGUGGGAAGGCUGGGUAUAUGGGAUGGGUGUGGCUUCUAAAUUCUUUAGAUUCACCUUUCAUGUGCUUUGUUUGUAACUUUUUAGCCACAGGCCAUGGGAGAUAACUUCUCAUAUUCUGUCUUAGGAAUAUGGGUUGAAGUUUAUCUGUUUUUGAGCUACAAAAAACAAAAACUUUUUGGCAUUGACAUUCAGUUUUAAAAACUUACUGUAUCCUUCCUCUCGCAGCUGUAGUUGCGUUCAUGCUGCAAGCUUUCUGACUGCCAGAUAUGAAGUUAUUCCCCGACAUUCUGAUUGAUUAAAGGUUAAGAACUAUGAGCAGAAAGCAUGACCCAGCUGAAAGUGGAAUUGUUCUGCUCUGCUGGUGUCAGCCAGUCAAACAGAAGAGCACUCAAGCAUGGGCAUCUCCCUGGCAGAGGCACAAGAGAUGUCUCAUACUUUCCCGUGUGUGUCGCUCCUUUUCUCUGUGUGCUUUGUCUUAGAAGCUCACGUGCAUGUGCAUACUUGAGGGCGAUUUUCUCCACUGCGCUCCCUCCCCUCACACCAACCUCUGGAACUGUUUUCACCUGCUCAUUCUUGUCUUAACUGCUCUUUAUUUAAUGUCCUCUUUUCCUGCUAAAUCCCUCUCUGCGGGUGGCUGAAACAUUUAUCCCCCUAACCCUUUGUGUCUCUGUGCCAGAUUGCUCACAUAAGCUCUGCAUUUCUUAUUUAUAUGGAACAUUUGUAGUUUUCUGCACAGAUCUUCUUCCAGUAGAGAUGUUUGAUCUGCAUUGCAGGUCGUCGGUAAGAUCUCAUUCGGUCAUAAAUACUUCUCAACACUAGUUAUCUCAGCAAAAAAAAGUCAUUGUUCCUUAUAAAAGUUUUGUAUUCUAUGUACUUUCAGCUUCAAGCCAUUAGUUUGAUUACACAAAGUCAUCUCAUUUACAUUCCUGAUAUACUCGCCAAUGUUGUUUUUGCCGUGGGACUCCUGGCUUUUAGGAAACAUUAGGGAGCUACCUAUUUUCUCCCUGCCUGGCUACCCUUCUUAUUACAUGCCUCAAGCGAAGUUAAGAGAGCCAUAAUGAUGACUAAUGACAAGAGAGGAUCCCAAGCUGAAAACGCAGGGACGCUAAAGCGGAGGGGGGCGGGGGAAAUAAAUGAGCUGUGCCACCCAAACUCCCCUCCUCGUGUUAAAUUUGAGAUUUUGUGGCAAGUCAUUAACAGCGUUAACUCUUCUCUGACAAAAUCUGUCACUGCCCCAAGCAAGUUGUUUGACUGGUCUCAGUGACACUCUUUCAUAGACGCUCAUCAUGUUACAGUGAGUGAAGAAAGGCAGCAGAGAGUUGAUAGUCUGUGUAAACCAUUUGGAGCUUUGAAAUGUGUGCUUAUGCGAAUACUUUGGGUAAAAGUCCUCCUUCUUAUCUGGACCACGAGUAAGUGGGGAGCGUAUAAUAGAAACAUACCCAUUCAAGAAAAUGGACAACACCCUUACUUACACAGCAGUGAUAAGGGUUUGCCUAUAUCAUCAGUCACUUUUAUUAUUUUCAGAUAAUAAAAGCAAAUUCAGCUGUAAAUCUUCAUUGCACUUAUCAAGGUUUUACAGCCAUAGCAAAUAACACAGGCACAGAAAAUGGCUGUUAUUAUAAAGCUUGUCUAGGUUUCUUUUGUCUGGAAGAUAUGUGUGUUUAUCAGACUGGGCUGCUCGCUGCUUUAUAGCUUCUCCUUCAAAUUAUGGGACCUCAAAUACGCAAGUUAUCCACAUAAUGCUGCGUUAUUUCAUUAUCAGCAGCUCCUUCCUCUUUUUACCCUCAGAGGACCUUUCUCUUUUCUCCUCUUUUAAACUAAGAGCGAAAACAUAUUAAACUGUUAGCCUUAAUAUUUUAAGAUCAUUAUAGCAAACAACCAAAGUAGUGUUAUCGUAUUGACCCGCAUUAACAGUAAGACUGUUGUUUCCUCGUGAUGCGUCUUAGAGAGUAGUAAUUGAUUUCUAGCAUUUAUUAAAACAGCUGGAACUACUUAUCUCAAAGGGAGAGCGCUCCUCCUGACUGAGGCCUGCUGUCACUUAACGCUACAGUGCCAGGGGAUUGAAGGAUGAAGAGGCAUAGUGAACACAGGAGGACAAUAAAGCAACAAUUGAGGCAAAUAGAUAAUGAGUUUAACAAGAAAAUGUUCAUCAGCGCAGCAGAGAUGUUAAAUCCAACAUUUCAACAAUAAGUCGUCUUCAGGGAGUCUUGGAAAGAGGUCUUCUUAUGAUCAGGGUCUUCCUAUACCUGAGUCAUUAUGAUAUGAAAGACAUCUCCUGUUUGAUGCUUCUCUUCAGACCCACGGUAAAGUGAUUCUCCUACUCGAGGCGUGUUUCAAAGUGAGUCAUCUGAACAGUGUCAGAUGUGUAGCAGCAAAGACAAGAAACGUGAAGACACUUUGUUUUAUGUUAAUGACGAUGAAGGAAAAUUGUCUCUAAUGUUCCUGUUGUUUUAUAGAGCACAACAGUUUGUACCGAGUGACGCCGCUCUCUAUUUUUACAAACACUGCUGUGUAUCCUCCGCAAUCUGUGACAUUAGCGCUAAUACAGGAAAAAUAAGAAACUGAUCCUAAGUGUUAUUGAUUGUACAAAAGAUCUGAGCCCACUUAGAUCUGUCAAUCACAGCGAGCGAGCUCCAAUUAAAGGUGAUUAAACGGUAAAAUUGCAUGUGACAGCAGUAAUUACGUUAUCAUCUCAGGCUGGCUAUAUUUGAAUCAUUAAUCUCCAAGUAAACACAUGGAGAAACUCUUCAUCAGAACUAGAGCAUAUGCACACAGCCUCCCUCUGAAACUCAAACACCUUUUAACCCUUUCAAACCCACACACUCAGUCACCUCUCUCAGAUAUGUGUCAGUGUCAUUGUUUUAACAUCAAACAGGGUUUUAUUUCUUUCACUUGAUGUAAACAGACAGGUUUUAUGUUUUUGUUGGCAUGUAUUGAACCUUGGUGCAUAGGCGCCUGCUUACACAAAACAUCUUUCUGUUAUUUAACUUGUGUUUCACAACCCAUUUAGAGACUUUUUAUGUCUCCGUUAGUUCCAUAUUUUCAUAAAUCCACUCUUAGAUGCUUCAGCUUGCCAGGCUUACCCAUCCUCCACUCCUCCAUUUAAUCAUCACACAACUCCCAGGCCUCUGAAAGCUCUUUUGUUUGCACAGCUGAAGGUUACAGCCCCCACAUGGCAGUAAAAAAAAAAACUUCCCUGCCAGUGAAUGUAAACAGGAGAGCACUGACUGGUUGUUGUUAAUCUAUCACCUUGACAUGUUUCAGUCAACGCAGCCUCAACCAACCUCUGCAUCUGCCCGCUCAGGGUCCACUGGUGUUCUGGCGUCUGUUCUCUCCGUUGCCAGAAAUCGAUUUUUUUUUUUUCCCAGAGAUCAGCAAUAGAGCAGAAAGCACCGUGAGAUGUGAGACUCAGGGCACGUGUUGCCUUCAAACAGAGUUCUCUUACAUGUUCAAGACUAAAGAGGUUGUUUUUUUUAUGUCUAUCUCUCCUCUCAGGGGUUAUCCGAACACAAGAACUGCUGGAUCACGAGACAACCCCCCACUACUGGGUCACAGUCUACGCCAUGGAUCGCGGCGUGGUGCCUCUCUCCGCCUUCGUCGAGGUCUACAUCGAGGUGCAGGACGUCAAUGACAACGCCCCGCAGACAUCGGAACCUGUCUACUACCCUUCUGUCAUGGAGAACUCCCCUAAAGAUGUGUCAAUCAUCCAGAUUAACGCGGUCGAUCCGGACGCCAAGGCUAGUGAUAAACUUACAUACAGGAUCACCAGCGGCAAUCCCCAGGGUUUCUUCACCAUCAACUCCAAGACAGGUAAGGUCGCUGUUCCGUGAUGACAAGCCGUGCUGCUGUUAAUUCCAUCCUUCAAGCAGGCAGGAAGCUCAUUCUCAGAGUCAAGAGCUUUGAUUUUAUUCUUUGACAAAAAGCAACCUUGGAUUUAAAUGUUAGCUCCAGAGUGACAUGUUUAUCUUGUGAAAAGAAAAAAGUGAGAUGUAGCUUUAAAAAAUAGAUCUUUUCACAUUUUCAGUUCAUUUAGUUUAAUAUUUGAAACUAUUGCUGGGUGAGAUGCUAAAAUAUGAAACAAUGGGAUACGAUGUGACACAAUAUUGUGAAAUACAUUAUGAUAGAAUAGGAUGCAGUGAGAAAAUCUACAAUUCAGUCCAACAUCCAGAGCUAUGAAAUGUAUAAUGCAAAAGAAUACAGCACAGCAAGCUACUACAGAUACAAUAUGAUACCAUGUGCUUAAGUACAGUAGAAUUCAAACUGAAAAAGAACCAAUGAGAUACAAUAUGAUACAAUAAGAUAAGAUAUAAUCACACAUGAAUUUCAUGGUUUUAAAAAAGGAUGCAAAACUAUACAUUAAACCACGUAUGACUAUAUAUGCUAUGAGACAAAAUAGUAAAACUCAUUAAGGUACAAUACCAUACAAUCCAGUAUGAUACGGUUUAAUACUACACAAUUCAACGCAAGACAGUUUAAUAUGAUACAGCAUGAUACAAUACAAUUCAAACCAUACAAAACGAUGCUGUACCCAAUGGAUGAUACAUGUGGACGUAAUAUAAUACAGGGACUCUCUGAAUGUCCUUUCAUGAUGUGUCAACAAUAUCAGAUCAGCCAACAAAUACUAAACCAUGUCUCAUGCAUCUCAUGCUAGUUUGAUGCUUGUGAAUCUGCAUCUCUCACUUGUUAGUAAAGUGGGCUAUAAUAGUCAUGCAGAAGUUGGUAAAGUCCACCUGUUACAGGUGAGUGCAGCUGUCGCUCCAGACUGGAGGGUAUUAGCCACUUUUCUUAAUGUCUCCGCAUAAAGAGCUGAAGUGACUUUAUCAUCAUUCAGAAGUGGCUUUUUACUAGGGCUAUAAUCAACCAAAGAAAUUCCGUCGACUAAAACCCGGAAAUUUGAGACCCAAAAAACACACGUUGAAACACAUUUAAAAACAAAAUAAAUAUUCAGCAAACCACCGGACGUUGAUUAACGUGGACGCUCUUCAAUCUUCCUGUCUCCAACCGGUCUCCAGUGGGUUGGGCGAAUCCGAAAUGGUGAAAACAAGAGGGGUGUUCUGAGACAGGCUGUUUACCUAUGAAAUGGGGGUGCUCUGAAAACAUCCCCAUUAGCACUUUGUAUGUUCCUUGUGAUUUCUCGUGAGACUGUAAAUUGAUGCGGCAAAAAAUUAGAGUGGACCAAUUAAGAAUUAUGGUCGACUCAGCACCUAUCGACCAAUAAGUAAACCAGCCCACUAGGACUUUACAGCCCUACUUUUGACUCUUUCUCGGCUGUCCAAAAUGAGCCCUCCAUCCUCUGUCCUAUUUGUCAGUUAGCUUGUGUGUAUGUGAUCCUCAUUAAUAUCAUAAGCCCCAUCAUGAGGAGUCAUGAAGUAGAGAGGAGCCUUGGUAGGAGCUAUCUACAGUCAGACUGGGUGAAUCCGUAACUCUAACCCACAGGUCAGGCUAACAGUAAAAUGCCUUUUCCAGAUUUUUCUCCCCCUACUAAACACCAUAGUUGUAGUACAAUCUUAUAUCACAGAGGUCACAUAUUUUUACUCUAUAGCAGAGAUCAAGUGGGAUUUCCUGAAUCACAAAAAACAAACAUUUUACACAAUCUGCAACAUGUUUUUCUCAUCUCAGAUAUGAGCUGCUGUUGAGGUCACGAGCAUAAAUCUUGCAUUAAGAAGUACACUCCAUAUGAAAUCAUCCUUGGAGGUUUACGACCAGACUCUAAGAUGUGCUAUAGCCUCGGUGAGCUUCCUGUUCCUGUUCCUGUGAAGAGGAAGAGCAGUGUGAACACAAUAUUUUUUGAACCCAGGACAGGAGUGGGUUGAGCCUACAGGGUUUUUUUCCACUCCAACACUCUAAAGUGUGCUCUUGCAUGGUGCUCUGGAAAUGGUGUGAUGAUUAAUAUUUCAUUGGGUUCUUUUAAAGUUGCAGGAGCAGGCUAUGUUUAGUUGAAUAGCAGAGAGAAAAAAACUUGUAAUAGGUGCAAAGUGAAGCUACAUGUGCAGACAGAGCUCCUCUGUGAGAUGAAGAGAUUUAAUUCAGUUCAGCUGGAUAUCUUUAUGUUUGAGGAACUUGCUCUUUCUGUCUGUAUGAACCCACACAGAGCUAUUAAGCCUCUCUCUAUUAUAACACAGAUAUGAAACAAAUCAAAAGCAUCAGUUGGUGUAAAUUUAAGGACUUUGAUUUUGGCUGAAAUGGAUCAAACUUUUAAAAUAACAGGGCUAAAGCUGUCUCUCAAACUGCAAACUGCAGAAUUUGUUUUUCUUUCUUACCUUGCUUACUGACAUUUUUUUCUUCUGUGAAUGCAAGUGCUCAUUACUGCGAAAAGAGGAAUGUUUAGAGCAGCAGUUGCUCCGGUUCGUCCUCACUCACUCACGUGUGUGGUCCUGCUUCCCAAGGUUGUUCCCCAUCAACAUGCUGGAGUUAUUUUUGUUGGAAGUAGCAAUGUGAAUUUUCUGACCAAAUAAGGAUUCAUCAUGUAGCAUGUCUCUCCAAACAAGUCUCAGAGUGAUGCAGGGCAGGGAAACAGACAGGAAAAGAAGGGAGACAAUAAGCCCCACAGAAAAGGGGGGAAACCUCGGCUAUUCAGACACAUAAGGUUGAUGUUUUGUCCGUGAGCAUGACUAGAUCAGCUUAGGUAUGCUGAUAAGAAGUCAGAGGGGGGGCUGGGGAGGGAGAGAGGUGAGGAAUUGAAAAUUUAUCUUGCAACAAAGCAGUCAUACAUAAAGCUGUUUGAGCAGAGAAAGACCUUGAGCUGUGAAGGAAGAAUCUCCACAAUCAUUUUUCUCUUCAAAAUGUACUCCGGGUGUUUCUGCCCUUUUAUGAGGGAGUCGUAUGCGGUCAUGUUAGCACCAUAGCUGGAAAGACAUGUUUAUGCUGAAGUCCUGAGUUUCAACUAAAAGAAACUGCCUCCUGGUAUUUUUGGUGCACAAGAAAGUGUAUUUAGGAUUUUUUCUCAGUGAAACUGAUGAAAUCUUUUCAGUCUUUUUCCCCACAUUCAGGCGUACACUCUGAAGUUCACUUAUUCCAACCUCCAGGCCUUCAUUUUACUCUGCCCGGCUUCUUUUUAUUUAAUAAGUGCCCACAGAAAACCUUAUGUACAUCACUUAUUGAGCAGUUGAAUAAAGUCUACUUAGCCCCUCUAUCUGAAGUAAUUAUUUCCUACUCCUAGGAUUACAGAGUUUUCAUGAAGCUUAUGGCCAAGUCCACUGUGGGCAGGAACCCUUUACAGGACGUAUCUUCUGGUGGUUUCUGUUUUAUAAGCUUCAGAAGAGCUCCUAGGAAGAAAAAAAAAAGUGUUUAUGGAGGACAGUGAAGCAUAAGGAUAAGAACCUUUCAUGCAUAUCAAAGCAUGUUAAAACUUUAAUCAGUGGGACACCAGAGCCCCUUGCGUCAGGUUCAACAAAGAGUGCUUUUAACAAAGAAAACUUCAUUAAAUCACUGCUGUGCUGCUUUGAUUUUCCUCCUUAUGUGUUUUUGAAGAUUGCAGCUGAGAGUGGAAGUAGAGAGGGAUGAAAAAACAAGAGGAAACACGGACUCCUAGAAGAGACUUUUAUUCAGAAUUGGCUAAAUGUCCAGAGCGAUUUCUAAUUGGGUUUUAUUCUCUCUAUAUGUGGAAUUUUAUGUGAUUAAAAUAGACCUGAUAUCUCUCCACAUUAUCAACUCAAUAUGGCGUUUUCACCGCUUAUUACAGGUUUUUGAAAAUGUUUAAAUUUACAGCAUGCACGUCUCUGUAAUUACAGUUGCUAAAAUUGCAUUGGAAAUGUAGGCCCUGUCUUGGCAUAUCUACAAAGCUCUACAAAGGGGUGGGAAAAAGGGAAAGACGUUAAGGCCUGUGUUUUGUGUGUGGCUUUUGGAACUUUGUUGGGUCCUGUUCCAAGCUAACUAGCUAGCCUGCUAUCACGGGCUACAGCCUUGAGCAGCUUUUUUGAGCAGCCUGUCAACCCUAAAACACAUAUGAAGGUUUCGCUUUGUCGCCUUGGGUGGCAUCGGGUGCGCUCUGUUUUUCCACGCAGACCCACGUUGGCUCUGUAAAGCUCAGGAUGAAAGGCUUAGGACUGCUUUAUUUCUGCCAAGUAAACAAGUCCUGCUGUUUUGGCUUUUCUCUGACUCGAGUUUGUCAUUAAAGUGCAAGGCCAGCUCUCCCCUCUUGCAGAGACUCUAUUGCAAUCCCACCAUCUGAGAGCUUAGAACUCAACAGUUUUUGAUACAGCCCGCUAUAGAAGGGAUCGAAACAGAGAGAGGCAGAGCCGUGUGGGGCGCAAAUUGUGCCAGUCAGCUGGAUAUGAAUUAUGUGUUCUCAAUCACUAUGAGAUCAGUGAAUUUGAAUAAUGCUGUUGGGGUGUGAAAUUUUAAAAGAUGAACCGGCGUUCAGAUGUAUGGUGGCACAGAUCUCCUCCCACCCACAGACAUGUCCACGGCUGUUCGAGGCUCCUAAGCCCUGAUUUGGUAGCUGAGGAGAAUUGUAUUUCCUGUAUAAGGACUCGCAGGCUUGUCACAACAGGAUCUGAGCCGUGUGAGACAGACAGAAACAUAAUUGUGUGCGCUUUGUGUACAGUCAGUGUCACUUAGUUGCUCUUAGACUUGUUCUACUAUCUUCACUUCUGCCCUGACUUCUAUGAGGCAUCAGCUUGUGCGGUGAGGCGUUAUGGAGGACAGGGUGAUGUUUUUCAAAACAAGCAAAAUGGCAGCACUUUGCAUUUUUCCACCAUUUCUACAUAAAUUUUUCCUUCUUCACAGUUGUAAGCGUGUUCUGAAACUCAAAUCAGCCUGGCAACUAUAUUACCAAAAAUGUAAUGAUUGAUAAUGUAAUACAAAUUAUUAAAAUCUAAAAUUCUAAAAUUUGGGAAAAAACGUCUACAAUUUGUUAUUCCAUGCACAUUAUGAUUAUUAUCUUGUCCGCUAACAUGUUUUGGAUGGGUUUUUGAUUACUUGUUGGAAAAUUACUCUUACAUCCCAGAAUAUGACUCACAUUUACGUCAGAGUAGGGCUGGGCGAUAUGGGAAAAAGUUAAUCAUGAUACAUUUUUUUCAUAUCAGUCGAUAUUGAUAUAUAACAUGAUAUAAAAAUAUCACUUGUCAAUCUUAAAUGUUCCCUGUUGUUCUUAAAUAAAAUCUAACAGUGUCUAUUGUUAGCAUGUCUUUUGCAAUACAAAAAGGUACUGCAUCUGUGAGGUCUUUGAGUCAUUCAUUCAUUCAUUCAUGUUCAUUGGCUAUUGGUGUAAUCUACCAAAACAUGUCAGAAUGCCAACUAUCGAAAAGCAUAUUGACCAUGUAUUAUACCGAUAUCAAGGGAAAUUAAUUAUCAAUAUAUAUCGUUAUUGUUUUAGUGCCCAGCCCUACAUCAGAGGGUAUAUGAAUCUGUGUUGGCCUGUACAUGAGAACUGAGUUUCACUAAACUUGCUGAUGCUGAUCUUUUCAAAAUGCCAUUACCCGGUCGGAUUAAUGGGUCAACCUUCAUUCUGAAUUUGUCAGUCUGUGAAUAAUGAGAGUAAGUGGUGUAGAGGCUGUGAUGGAGGGCGGAGCUGAGAUGCACAAAGUAAGCAAAUUGGAGCACAACUUUAGCAGCUAGCUAACAAAGAAAGAAAACAACUGCUUGGAUGUUUUUGUUGUUGAAGCAGAAAAUGUCAUAGUAGUCUUUUAUGUAUUUGCCGUCACCCUCUCUCCUUAGUGUUAGGUUUUAAAUAUGUCCUCCAUUGACUUGUUGAAAUAACUGUAGACUAGUUCCCAUGUAAUAGUAUUUGGGCUGGAAUUACCCAUCUCCAGUCAAACAUCUCUAAAAACCAGUUGUUUGCAAGCUUUUCUAGCUUUACUGCAGAAUAACCAAAUCUUGUUAACUACAGGGGUGCAGCAUCAAAUAAAAACAGAGUGUGUGCACAUAAGCUCCAGACAGCCAGUCCACUAGCUGUCCAUUUCACUCCUCUCCUGACAGAGUUGUCAGAGAGCUCUGUGCCAGUCCAUCUGAGUUGUUUGACAUGAAUUGCCCACCUUUUCUGUCAAGGAGUAAGCGAUGUUCUCUACCUGGCGAAUCAGCCUCCCUCUCUCUUUUCUCUGAAAUACUGUUCCAGUGUCACGAAUCUCUGGACUUUGAGCAGAGCUUUUAUGCCAGAACCUGUGUUAGGAAAGGGCAACCAAGCAGAACAUGUCCAAACACACACACAAACCACACACACACAACACACACACACACAAAGUUUUCAUGUUAAAGCAAAGCAGGCAGAGCUGGAGCAAAGAUCACUGUGAUAGCUAUCUUAUCUUGAAAUUGCUCAUUACUCUCCUUCCUGUUGUACCCAUUUCACCUCUCUAUGUGUGGCAUUAGUACUUCCUCAGUGCCCUACUGCCGUCCAUCGACUUACAGGCAGGUUUUCAUUAGUAAUAUGAAAUAGGCUUGUAAUAUUUGUGCCUAAAGCCUAUAGAGAAGUCCACCUUAUAACAAUGGCACUAACCUAUAAUUGCCACCAGACAAUGAUGGAGUUCUGGCUUGUCUUAACUGGGACAUGGCUGUCUAUACUUGACUGUGUUCGCACUUUUAUGGCAGCUUUGUCUCCGGUAGUUAAACAAAGAUACACCCUGGUUAACUCAUCUAAUUGUACCAAACUAUUUCGGCCCAUCCUUUUUUGGUUUCCGUGAAGUGAGUUGCUCAUUGGUAUCAAUCUUUGGCAAGGUUGGAUACCUUCUGCAGGUUUUAUGAGCAUUUGUCAUCUCCGGGGGGGUUGAAUGAAAAGGUAAAAGGAAAAAAGGGCCACAGGGACUUGCAGCUGCGUAUUAUCCACUUUCUGUGGUGCACAACUCUCAGUUUUGAGGAUGAAAACCCACAUACUCACACUCUCCCACACAAACACACUGCUGUUAUCAGUGGUUUACCAAAGCCCCAACCACUAUCAGGGGAAGUGAGAUAGGAAAUGGAUACUUCCAACAACUUCCUGAUUUUUCCGGUGAUUUGGGGGCCGAACAAUUGUCACAGCUCUCAAAAGAGAUUGUGAGAAGUAAACGUGGAAACGAAAAAUAGCUGUUUUUUUUGUCCUCUCUUCAAACUUCAAAGAGGCGUCAUGGUGGCUUAGUUGGGUAAGAUUCAUUUUCACUGCACUAUCUUUGAAACAAAUCCAACCUGGGACCUCUGUGGCACGAUAUCUUUAUGUGGCAUUCAUGGUCUUUACACAUAGUAAAGUAUCCCAUAUCCUGCAGUUAUGAGCGUCUGAAGUUUGCACGUUAUCUUGAUUGAUUUUCUAGGAACAUAGGGUGAGAAUUAGAUUAAAGAAGAUAAAACUAGACCUUCAGUGGGAAGAUUUUCUCCAACAGAGAAGGAAGAGUUGACAUUUACGAACCUUCUGGCCCCAUCAAACACAGCAAGAGAUCAGUUGUUUAUUCAGUGACUUGUGUAGCUAAAAAUCUGCAAAUGCCAACUUUUAUUUGCAGGGGUUACAAACCAUGUGACCUUAAAGCAAUCAAACCCAUUUUAGACAUUAAGGUAGAUCAGCGAGAGUCUUGAGUCUUCUAAUUUAACUUUUCUCUGGCAGUGGCAAAACAGGCUGAGGUCAAGCCAGUGUAUUGACAAAUGUGUCACAACAGGGAAGCAUCGCUGUCACUGUGACGAGGGAGGCGGAAAGGUAAACCAAAGCUUAGAUGACUAAACAGACGAGACACUUGCUGACACAGGGAUGUCACCGCAAACUCAAAUUACAAUGUGCUGUUCUCUGCUUUAGUAUAAAUGUUUGAGCACUGACAGUGUUCCUGCUCAAGGUUUAAUGUGAUCAGAGACACCUUUGCUAAAAACAUCAGGUCGCCACUGUUGGUGCAAUUUGAACACUGACUCAAGUGAACCAAAUUAAAUGUUGAAGGUGCCGAGGUGCCUGAAAAAUAGCUCUGUAAAGACCCACAGUGGGUAGUUCCUUUAAAUUUGAACAUGGACAGCAUUUUUGACAUUUAGCUUCCUCAGAGCGGUGUGUUGCUUUUGGACUCCACUCAUGUUAGCCGGUGUUGGACUGUUUAAAAGCCUCGCCUCUCCUGAAGUAGGCAUACCAAAACUCUAUUAUGCCCACUCAAGAAAUAAAAGCAAGCUGAUGUUGAAACCAAUGAUGUUACCCCAGUAAUGACUAGUUAAACUUGUUAGUUUAGGCGUUUAUUGAUAUUUCUAUUAUUGUAGAUCUAAAAUGCUAUACGUGCCUGAGCUCUAGUGCAGCCACCUUCUACUAGUCCAGACUGUAAUGGCCCGCAACAUGUUGCUAUAAUGGUCCACUACCUGAAUGAGGUGCAUUGGUUAAGACCUGUAUCACUAAAUGUGACUGUGGUCUUAAGCUUUGAAGUAAAUGAAAUUCUAGUUUGUAUCAUAUUGUCCUAGUCAAGCCCACAACAAUGCUUUCUGGUUGGUUCUGCAUAUAAUGUAGGGCUGGGGCGAUAUGCUUUUCUCCCGAUUCGGUUCCUCUACGAUUUUUUGGAUGCCGAUUCGAUUUAAAUUGCGAUUCUACGAUAUUGUCAAUUCUCUCGAUCUUUAGUCUGCAUUAUUAACAGUUUGAAACUGUUGAAUGAUUAUGAUUGUCUACUGACUAUUCUAGGAACCAUAUUUCCCCCAAAAAUACACACCACAUGUAAGUCAGUGAUUUCAGUUGUAAAUCAAUUUUUGAACAAAAAAAGUGAUUAAAAAAUUGUAAAACAAAAAAUCUGUUACUUAUGUGAAUCGAUUUCUCUCCCACCCUUAAUUUAAUGCUUAGGCCAACAUGUAAUCCAUCAAGGUCCUAAGGUGUUCAUUUGAUAGGAUAUGUAUCAAGACAAUUCCUCAAAAUCUCAACAUGCCAAAAAUAUCUUGCAAGAUCAAGCACUCACACAACUUCCUACUGUUAAUGUCUUUAUUAGCGAGACUUGUCUUCAGCAUUGCAUGUCCACAAAUCAUGCUGGCUUAGCUUAACACUCCAAGUGAGUACCUUGGUUCCUCAGCUGCUGCUCUGCUUUUAAAUGUCCCAUCCGUUCACACACUGUCCAGUAACAUUCACUUUCAUAAGCGCUAAGGAACCCGAAUCCCCUGUACCCCCGAGUCUUCCAUGACGCGGUUGUCUUUCCAGACCACAAAUAAGCCUUGCAGCUGUGAGGUGCUGAGAUAUCUCAAUCCCAGUGUAAACACUGCUUGUGCAUUUAACCGCCUUUUAAAGACCCCUAUGCAUUAAUAAAUGUGUUUGCAGCAGGUUUUAUGGCACUUCUUUGUUGCAUUUGUCAAACUCAGAGUCUUUUUGGACAACAGAGCAGAGCUUAAUUUGAGCCUCACAGCCUCUUUAACGGCAUGCCAAGCAUUGCUUCCCUUCAAAAUAAAAGAGGACAGUUUGCAGCGGCGUUUUGUAAACUCGGUUUCAAGCCAGCGACAAAGAGCUCCUACUUUGAUGUACCAAUCCCUUCUUAAACUCCCUCGGUGCUUUGGAUUUUAAUGUCUCACAGUUUUCAUUUGAGAGCGUAGAUGGCACCACGAGCUGUGAAAACAGAUCCUUCUCAGAGUGUUGUUUUAGGCUCGAGUGGAAGACACUUAACUCGUAAUGAAGCUCCGAAUAUUGAUAUAGUUGUCUGGAGUUGAACAUUGGGUUCAGGAUAAGUAAUUUGUUGCAGUGUUCAUUACUUUCCUCGCACAGGAGAGAAAGUGCAAGGGCUUAAAUAAUGAGUUUUCAUAGCUUAGUGUCAGCUCAUCAACAACGAUGCUAAAUAUCUCAAGGACUUAAAAACCGCGCCACAGGUCCAGCCACCACAGAGACACAGACACAUUCCCGAUUGUCUGGAGUUACAGCUAAAUGUGUGUCACGUAAAUAUGUGUGUCACUCCCAAGAGUGCUAAUCACAGCAGCGGUGCCCGGGUAUGAAGCGGCCCCAACAAUGUACUGGACUCCUUAACUCCCUCCAGGGCGUCCAUUUUGGAGCAGCGGUUGUAGCGCUCAAGGACAUGGUUGAGAGUGCCACUGCUGCUUUGCUGUUGUUUUUCUCCCCCUCUCAAAACAGCAUGGCUAUAAUUACUGUCGGCCCUGCUCGGCCCACGCCUCAGGAUGGCUUUUGUGUGUGUGUGUGUGUGUGUGUGUGUUUUGUCAAAGGCUGCGGGUUGGGAGUGCAGACUUCAUUGGCGAGCUCUGGCUUUCCAGCCACUCAUUUUACAGCUCUUUAACAUUUUGGUUGAGUUUGAACGGUAUGCACCUUUAUUGGCUGUAACGCCUUUGCAAACAAAGUCCUACAUACAAGAAGCUUUCCUGGUGAGCGUGUUACUUUCUCCUGAUUGAGAAGACUAGCAGAAUGGAUAUGGAUUUUUGCAAAGUUAAAAAAAACAAGUUGUUGUGACUUGUUUUCAGAUGGUGAUAUCAGUGUUCGGGUCUUAGAGUGGGCGUCGAGUCCUGUGGUCAGAGAAUUGGCUGCACGUCAGGCGAGACUGGAAUCAAAAAGCGAGUUAAAGUAGUUUCAGCUACAGUGCCUCAUUCACUAAAAUCAACCCAGACCAUCCACAGUAGGUGCUGCGUAUUUUCCCUUUUAAGAUUUUAUACUUCCUUCCCAGACAUCUCUGCAUCUUGAAGUGGAUGUGGGUUAUGUGCUCCAUCAAAAUUCUUAAAUACUUCAACCUUAGAAAUGUGAAAGAGCUGCAAAGUUGAGCUGGUGGUUUGAGCCAGGUUUGAAGAAGACUUCAAGCCUAAAAAAACAGAUUGAAUAAAGAAUUAAUCUACAAGUUUAUCAUCAUAAAAAUAACCUGCUGCUCUUUCAAACUUUGACAGACUGCUUCCCUAAAAGGUGAAGGUUUACUUUAAGAAGCGAUUAUCUGUUGCAUUCAGGACAUAUAUUCAGCAUAACCCGUUUGGCACUGAGCGUCACCAUCCUACUGUGAGGUCUGCACCCCGCUGUUACCAGAAGCAAAACUGGAUCUGGAGGGAGUCCCGUAUUUAUUAAGCAGCCUUGAUAUUUAUGACACUUUGCGAAAUGUAUAGCAGCUCUGGACGCGGACAAUUUAUCUCACACAGGAUAUGAAAUCUGAGCGGGCUCACCAGCUGAGGUUCGCUGUCACUAUUUUAAUAUAUCAAGCUACCUCAAGGAAGUGGAGUCCAAAAAAAGUUCCUUCCUUCUUCUCGUGCUUGGCGUCCUGAGUGCUUGUGUGCGCCCUGAAGCCCAUCUCAAAAACAAAUGUCUCAUUUUUAUCACCAGCUGGAGGUGCUGGUAAUAAUUUCUGUGUCAGAUGGAGAUUUAAAGAGAGGAGAAAUUACUCCUCCUGAGCCAAAAGGUACAAGAUUUUAGAGCAAGCCCCUGCACCAAUAAACAGAGGCGAUGUCCCACUUUGCGGCGUUAAAUCAUCUUGAAGUGUGCUUGCAUUUGCAGCAUCCAAGUGAGAAUCCGGUUCAUAAAAUGAGACUUCUCUGCAGUCCUACUAAGGCUGGACUUACACCAACUUUUAUUACCCAGAGGAGGCUUCAAUGCAGACCAUCUUUUGUGUCCUUUAUUAUUAUUAUUUCUUCUCCAUUGUUGGGCUUAUCUCCUCAAUCCUGUGUGUGUUCUGAUUCCAUUACAAGCACUGUAUCUGCUAUGAUAGCUGGCCAGGCUUCGAUUAGGUUGCUGAAUUGCAGAGGAAUUAUAAAUCAGAGCCACAGACUCGGUGUGGUUAAUGCUGUCAUCUGUAUUCUGCUCAAUAAUACAUGUACAGAGAAAGGAGUUACCUAACGCAGCACACAGGGGAGCGUAAAAACAUUAUCAUCCAUCAGCUCCAGCCUUGCUAAAGCACAUGAAUAAUUAGUCAGCGCAGUCUGUUUUGAUGUGGCACAGCAGAACUAUUAGCUUUGAUGGUAAUAAUCUACAGCUCGCUGGCUCAUGAAGCGCAUGCUGAUCCUCGGCAAACUUUCUUGCAGACAUCGAGCAACGCUGCAGAGAGUAAAUCCUGCAAGACGUAUGAAUUUAUUAAACUUAAUUUGUGUCGUCGGCGUUGAUGCACCUCUUUUCACUCGGUGAGGGAGUAUAAAAGAGCUGUAGGAGGAAGCUUUCUUUUUGUUUUAAUUUAGAUUUCUCUUCCACAUUUGUACCUUAAGUGGGUGUUAGUGUUGUAUAAUUAGCAUUCAAGCAUGAUUUGUGUCUUGAUGUAGGCAUGUUGGAUUAGCAUCCAAAGGAAGUCUCUGGUGUUUUUUUCUCUUUUUCUGACAGAGUAUCAGUAGCCGUAUAUCUCUGCAGCUCCCAGUGAAGAUUAAAUAAAGCUUAAGUAGGAGAGGAUAAAAAAGGGGGGGAGCAUAAGCGCCUUGCUCAUAUACCUCAAUUGCAGUGCUGAGGGAGGGCUAUUUCAGGACCCGUAAGUUGUGGCCUGCUAUUCUCGUUGUAGGCAUAUGUGCCAUUGAUGGGUUUGGGUUUCGGAAAUCCUUUGCUUUAUGCUAAUCAGGCGCAGUGUGGCAAGCAGACAGCUCUGCUGCGGUUGAAGUUGGCAUGUCUACUCUACACUCAGCGUCUCUGCAAAGUUGCAAUUACACUGCUAGUGAGAACAGAAUGCUGCUUUUAACAUAGCCAUGUAGCAUUAUCCGUCCUCCUCUUUCCCUCUCUUCUCUCCUCUUGUUUGUGAGUUUAAUUCAAAAUUGGAUUAGCUGGGAGCUCAGGACUCGAGUUUGUUUAAUUUUAACUUAUUUUAAAAGUCCAGCCUAACAAAGUACACGUCGUGUGAUUGAUGUCACACAGCGUCAGUGAUCCGACUUUGAAAUGAAGGAUAGCACUUAAAGGAGAUCCUGAAACCUUUCAUCUAGAAGCAGGAUCUUUUCUGCAGCUUUGUUCUCUCUCUUUCAAAAAAAGAGUGGAGAACUGCAGGCGAUGUCUGGCUGACUGUCUCUCUGUUUAUUCAGCUUGUGGAAGAAGUUAAAGCGGAGUGUCAAGGCUGCGCUGCUGUUUGGGUGCUAUUUGCAGACCUUUGUGAUAUUUCACAUAUGUUAGGCAGUGUGGUGGGCUGUCUGGCAACUUGUUUAACCAGAAACAGGGGAGCGCUUCAGUGGGAGCACUCCUCCGGAUGCAGACUCUUCGCUCAUGGGUGACUGAUGAGAUAACCAGCAGAGUUUAGAUCAUGUCACCCAACAGCAAGCGGGAGGAUUGGGUUAAGUUUGGUGUUUUAUUUUCCUUUAACUGCCUGAAAACUUUAACUUCGUACCUCUUUGACUCUGUGCUUUUGAUUUGCUGACAACAUUAGCUUUAUACUUAGUCAUGUGGCAACACUCAGGCUGUAUUUGAGUGCUGACAUCAACAUUUGAAAUAUUUGAAAUCAACUUCUUUACCUCUGAUACAAUACCGAUAUUGAUCAGAUAUUAGCACAAACUUGUGCAUGAUAAGUUUUGCACUCAGCUACAACGUUUUUUCCGACUUCAAUGAAAAAUACUGCCACAGGGCCGACAUCACUCCUACUCCUUGGUACUUCGUUAGUACCUUAGUACACACUGUUGUUGUGAACAUAUGGGCUCUACAUGCUGGAUCCCGGUGCUGCUAGAUAGGAGUCUGGAAUAGACCGCUUGUAUCGGAGUGCUGAUAUCUGAGAUUUUAGAUGCAGGCUGUUAUAAUCCGAUGUUUGAUUUUUUUUGUUGAUAUUGGACCAAUACCCAAUAUCAGUAUCAUAUCGGGACACCCCUAAAAAUGAAAGAAUGAAAAGACCGUUAAAGCUCCUGUGAGACUUUUUUAGCUGCCUGUAAACCAGGUUGAAAUCAAUGUUCGUACUUCCUAAUGACCUGAAAGAAUACACAAGACAAUCAAUGCAAACUGUAUUUUUUUCAAUUAAGUCAUUUUUAAUAACUGGCAGAGGGUAGGUGUCAGACCAAGAUAUUAACAGCAUGAUCGUAAGAUUCUACUUGAGUGAUACUUUUGACAGGAUGACUUUUCUUUAGUCCCAAGACACUUUUAACACCUGCAACUUAAAGUUCAGCAGAAGGGAGGGGAGCCCAAACUGACAAAGGGUGAAAUUAUGUUAAAAAGUAGAGUGUUCAAUUCUUAAAGUUUGCCGUCCUGGAGUACGAGGAAGUCCAGAAACUUUACAUGAGGGAAAUCCCUUCCACACACUUUUUGAAGUUCUUGGCAUGGCAAAGUUUGAGAAAGAGUAUAAUGUCUAUUUUAGGCUGCCUAUAAAUCAACCUGGCCCACAAAUCUGUUUGACUCUGUUCCAGGUUUUUGUGAUCUACAGUUCAAAUUCCUUUGUAGUUACCUGAUGUUGAUAUUUAUUAAUAUCACGGUCAUGAUUUGUCUUUUACAGGUCUGGUUAUGACGACUUCAAGAAAGCUGGACAGGGAGCAACAAGAUGAGCACAUUCUUGAGGUAAGCCUUCAACUUUGGAAAAAGAAAAAAAAAAAACGUGGAGAGGGCCGAGUGGAAAUGGGUCUGCCUUUUAUUUAUGUAAAAAUGAGUCAGUAAGGGGAUGAUCAGGAACCUUAAAGGUCAAGAAAAGGAAUUUCUGUAUCUGAGUUCUUGGCAUUUGGCGCUCACCUCGGCUGAGCACCACAUGUUUCCAACAAAAACAAAUCUUUCUGUGUACGCAAGAAAAGGUUGGUUUGGAAUCAUUUCUCCUUAUGCUGAUUCCGGAUGAGGUUGGAGGUGAGUGGGAGAUCCUGGUGACUGUGUCUUUGUUCUUUCCCACUGUUCCGUCUCGUGGAUGGAGCAAGCUGGGACAGGAAGCUGUUGUCAAAUCAGCGGGCCGAUGUCUAUACUUGUGGCUUUUAAUUGAGCGGGGCUCCGUUCUCUCCCGAUGCCUCCUUCCCGCCCUCCCUCUCUGUCUUGCCGAGGUUGAUAAUAGCCAUUUUAAUUGUGUUUCCGGUGCUGACAGGGAGCAGAUUGGACGCCUUUUAAUUAUUGUUAGAAGUUACACAAUUCACUGAUCACUGAGGGACAGUUAAUGCUGGUGCAUCUGGUGCCAGAACGGAGUUGCAUUUCAUUUUCUCAUUGUAAAUUGCUUUACACUAAUUACCUUACAGGACUGGGAGUAAUUGAUAGGUAUGAAAGUCAGGAAAAAAGGUAAAACUAAACUCCUGGAGGGAGCAUUUAGUUGAUGAAUCAAAUCAAAUUUGCUCCGAAAGAAGUCCAAAAUUGAACCAUUUGCGAAAUUACUGUUUAAUUCGUGAAAAGAUAUGAGGACUGAGGCCAGCGAAAGUCCUCUUUUAAGCUGUGGGCUCAGACUGCUGUGUCCAACAUGUGGUUGAAAGCUGUAGAAUAUCCAUAUUGAAAAUGGUAUGGCAUUCACAGUCUUUGUGUCUGCUGAAAAAAAAGGAAAAAAUCUCCGCCUAAGCUGAGUUCAUGAAUGUUCUUCAUUUAUUUCAUUUGACAAAACGCCUUCAGACACACAUUUAAUAACCACAUUAAACACUUAGCUCAAACUCUUUCCACUUUAAUGCACUGCCAAAUUUAACAUGCCUAUUCUCUUCUCACUUAUGUCUUUGUGUUCUUUGAAAUGUUUAUGAAUCUAGCUUGCAGUAACUAAAAAAAAACUGCUCUGAAACAAGAGUCUUUUCAGACCAUAUCUAAUUAAAGGUCUCUCUUGUGUUUACUUCUUGUGUUCCUUAAAUUACCCCUCCAGCUCAGAGUUGGAGGAUUAAUGUAGGGAUGCAACUUUUCCCCUAAAAGAGUAGAAAGUGGCCGAAUGAGCACAGCCGGGGAAGAGCUGUGCAGCCGCUGUGAUUGAAGAAGUUUGUGUCUUUAGUUAAAGGCGCCCAGCAGGAAGCUCUUUAUAGGGCUAAACAUGAAGCAGCACAGACCCCCUCAUGCCACAAUUCAACCCCCUCAGUGUAUCCAGCUAACAGAGGGUUAAUCAUGACUCGGAGGAAUGCAUAUGUGUGCACAUGCCUUUGUGUGUGAAAUAAGCACCGGCGGAUCAAAUCAAAUUAAAGUCCCAGCUUGUGUCGAUCUUUUUUUUUUUUUUUGUACGAGCUUGUUGAAGGAGAAGAAACCAAACAUGUGGGGCCAUGUGGAACAUGUGGAGCAAUUAAGGUGGGGGCUGUGUCAGCAUUGUUUGCGCCAAAUGCCAGGAGGAGGUGGAGGGAGCACAGGAGGGGAGGGGGAGCUUUUGGCUUUUAUGAUGAGAUGGAUGGGGGUUGGUAGGUGUUAGUUGUGUAUCUCUGUGAGAGAGAAAAUGAAAGAGAGAGAGAGAUAGAGCGAGCAGACAGGCAGAGGGGGAAUUUGAGAAAAGGCAAAGCAGCUCCUGAUGUCUGAGUGUGGGCUCUAGUAGCAGGAUGAGAGGCCUCCGUCCCAGGAAGGAGGAGGGGAGGGGUGGGUAAAUAGCAAAAGUGGGACAUGCCAGGACAUGCUUGAAAUUCAGGCCUGGGACUGCAGAGAGAGCAUUAUAAUGGAAAAGCAGAGGUGAAUGGGCUGUUCACAUCUGUUGUCUGGAGCCUAUCCCAGCAUGCAGUUGGCACGCAGCAGGGUACAACCUGGAUAGGUGGCUGUUCUGGCCAAUUUUACCUGCUUAUUAGAUCCUUUUCAGUCUAUUACAGGUUUUUCUUUCAUCCAGGAUGCCCAAACCUCUUAAUGUCUCAAGGUGACAAUUGAAUAGAAGUAAGAAGAUUAAGAUGAGAUGGGAGAAAGAAAAAUAUCAACUUAGAAAAUAUACAAACACUUCAAUAACAACUCUGUUUUCAACGCCAUUUUCACUAGAGAGGAGACACUUGGAAAUGUUGAGGAAAAUACCUGGAUGAACAUCUCUCAUCUAAUACUCAGGCAUAAAAAAACGACUUUCUGAUAUCACAGUCCCUCACAAAUAAAGGUGGGAAUAAGUUUACCGCUCAGAGGGAUCACAUGAGCAAAUAGUUCAGCAGAAACCGUUUCUCUGGACCCGGGCCCAUUUAAGAGCGGUUGAGGUGAAAUGGAAAACUUCACCGUGGUCUGAGGAAUCAUACCUGACAUUCUCAAACCUGGAUCUUCCAUUCUAAGGAGGACAGGACCACCCACCAUGAUAUCAGAGCACAGUCCAAAAGCCAGCAUCCUUAAUGGUACUGCAUGGCAAGUCUACACACCUAGGCAAGACCUUUACAGAAUACAGAUGCUAAAGAAACUACAUUCAGCAUGAAUUACAGCAGUUCGCAUGACAACAGUGGAAUAGUCUGGAUGCUUCACUGGCCUGCCUGCAGUCCCGACUUGUCACUCACUGAAAACACCAUGACGUGAUUAAUAACUGUUGAGCAAAUGAAUUGGAUAACAUUUCACUUUCAAAACUCGAGAAGUUGGUCUCCUUGGUUGCCAAAAAUUUUUGGCAACAAGGAGAGAUGAUGCAACAUGAUGGUAAAAAUGUUCCCCCGUCCCUGUUUUUAAAGCUGCGCUGCUGGCAUUAAGAGCACAUUGUCAACAAACAAUAACUUGCUUCAGUCCUUUUCACUAUUCCUGAUUAAAUACUUAAUUCUGUUUUUAUUAACAUUUAUAGACGGUGUCCGAACUAAAACGCCUUUUGAAUACAUCUGUUUGAGCUUUCCUGCCUUCAGUUGAAACAAACCAAAAUGCAGUUUCUAAAUAUUUGACCAAGAAUUUACUAUACAGCUCCAUUUUUCUUUUCCAUUCAAACAGUACACUAUGUUCCCAUUCAAUAGGGAAGUGCUACCCUACCCUUGGAGUAGCUUUUUACAGAGAAACUAAAUUUAGUCCCUAUUCUCUAGUUGAAAAGGCUUUUAAAAACUCUUCAUCAGCUGGAGUUGUUUGUCCUUGGUCCUGUGGCAGAAAUUCUGCACUUUGAGAGUAGUCAUGUUUAAUAACAGAGACAUACGUAAAUAGUGUAGACAUUAUACAAGCGUUCAAAGUUUGGCUUUAGUCAAGUUCUUCCAAAUUGAAAGCCAAGCACAAUUUACCUUCUUGUAGUUCUUGACUUUCAAAAUCCUGCACACUUCCCCAGGUCAUUUUAAUUAACAUUGAGAGCAUUCAAACACCAUUAGUUACAUAUGGCUGGUCAGCGUAAGCUCUAAGUUUUGCAAUAGAUAAUAAGAACAUAAUGGAUUGGCUCCGUUCCCUCGACUUCACAGCAAACACACACUCCCUCGGGUGUAAAUCUUAUGACUUUUUUGUGGCUUUCCUAAUUAUCAAACAAUGGCAUUUGAUGGAAAAAAAAUCUAAAGAGAGGCACGGCGUGAUGGAUGGCAGUGCAGCCAGGGUGAACCUGAACUCUGUUACACACACAUCGCAGUCUUUUUCCCAAUACAAAUGGCAGCUCCCAUACACAGAGUGUCUCCUCAGGCCAUUUCAUGUUAUUAUCAGACCCAGUAUGUACAUAUAUGAGGCCUAAAAGCUGAUGUGAGCACAGGACAGGCACAACAUCUCCUCACUAAGAGAGACAUUCACUCUUUAGUUUAAUUUCAUCCCGCUUAAUGAAUUCUGCUCGUGUAAGCUGCACGCACAGCUGCAGACACGGUGAGGAAAAACAAAACGGCAUUACAUUAGUAAUUGAAACGAUGAAACCCAAUGGUGUGUGUGCCUGGCCUUGGACUCCUGACUGUUUUAGUGAAGCACUUAACAGAUGGUUUUAAAUGACUGUGACAUUUGUUCUGCCCCUUCCACUGUUAUUUUGCAGCUUCAAGCUCAAAAUGCUCCCGUCGUUGCCAGCAGCCAGACGCACGAGUUCAACCCUUGAGCCGUUUUUUUUGUGGAACUAGAUAAAACUGCGUUUGUUUCGGUCGGCCGGCAGCCCUGUGCUUUUGAUUAGGCUUCUCAAACUGUGGGAAGACGCUUCAAUGUUCAAUCAUGGCACACAAUACAAAGAGCUGGCAUGCCAACAAUUGCACUCACUGUCACACAUGAAAUUAAAGCCCUCUUAAUGAUCCAGUUUCACAGUUCUGUCUGUUGCACAGAAAACUUCAAGAGUUUAAAAAAGUCUAGUGAUUUUGGUAGAAGAAGGUGCUUGUAAUGUUUAUAAACUGUAAAAUGGUAGUAAAUCAAACACGCAGCAUAAGAAUUGUGUAGUCGCUGCUGCCAGAAUGAAGAGAUACAGAUACUUAAGAUUCAUUUGCACCCGUGAGUUUAUCCUAGAUCAGCUAAACUAGCUAGCUACUGCAAUUACAGAUAAACAAGCUUCAUGUUAUUACAUUUGUUUAAAGUUUGGUGACCACAGCAGUCAGUAUGUUCACAUGACACUUGAAAAAAACGGAAAAGAAAAGUCGGAGAACUGUGAUUAAGACACCCAGAUAAUGUGAUUGGAAUUCGAUUUUCUCUACCAUGUAACCAGCAUAGUUGGAGUAUAAUCGGACAAUGCAUGUGCGCCGUGCCCCGUAACCCCAGAACAAAAACACCAGGGAAAAAAAUGGCACAAGGAGUAGCGUGCACCUCAUCUGCAGAAAAAGUAGCGCGUACAUCAUGUAUUGCAAAAAAACGCUGUACGAUGCUCCAUCUUCUUGCUUGAAAAUGCCCAGCAGCAGCUGUAGCCACUUCUGACAUUGUUGUCGACAGUUGUAUGGGGUCAACCAGAAACAGUGCCGCUGGAAAGACCAAUAAUGCCCCCUAGUUUUUGGGAGGACAUGUUCACGUCAGUAAUUUGAUUUUCUCAACAAAAAAAAAAAAAAACGAAUUAUGAGCUUAGUCUGAUAAAGCUAUGUAUGUAAACGCACCGAGUGUUUACAGUUUAUAGUGUCAGUGUAAUCUAGCAUUGUUGCCACAGUGUCAAUAGGCAGUGAUGGAGUGAGCUGAGGAUUACCUUUGGUGCAUUGAGCUGAUUUGACAUGUCCCUGACUUGAUAACAAUCACCAUUGUUGUAAUGUUUUGACCAAUCAAAAUCAAGUAUUCAACGCAGCCAGGCAAACACAAUCAAAGUAGCUGCAUUGAUGAAUGAAACCAUGGUAACAGGUAUUCACACUUGAAUGAGCUAGUUGUUACUUAAAAUGUGCGAAAUAUCUGCCUUCUGCUGAACCAAAUGUGCUUCUCUACAUUUUUAUAUCUCCAUAGGAUCAUUGACGAACACAGAGCCUUGUAUUGAAAGCACAAUCCCUGAACUUGUCACAUUUCUUUCAAUGCCCAAAACGUAACUAUUCAAUUCUUAAAAUGUACAAAAUCCUCCUGACAGGCUUUUCCUCACAUCAAACAGAAAGAGGUUUCGCUUUGACGGUCAUACAAUGAAGCGACCAGAGUUUGCACUUUUCCCUCUCUUUUUCUUGAAUCAAACAUAGACUUUUCUUUCAGUUUUGUAGAUUUCUGUUGGAUAAUCUUGCCCCACAAAGCUAGCGGAUUUUGAUUGGUCGCUUUAAGAAAAAAACAACUCCCAUUUCACAACAGCAGGACGUAUCCUCAGAAGAGGAGCGGGCUCUUGGAUCCUCCUAGAGAUUAGAUUAUUAGGAAAAAAAUAUGACACACAUCUUGUCUAGAUUUAAGAAGGCUUGUAAAACAGCCUCUACUGAUGUGUUUUUGUCUUAGUCAACAAGUGUAUGAGUAACAACCCUAUGACUGAAAGCCUCAGAAGGGAAUUGACUUUAUUUUUGGCUGCUGAGCAGACAAAUGAUCCACGAUGAAGAGUAUCAUAAUCACAGUUCCCUUUUCUAACCUAUUUUUGUAUUAGUCUAGGAUUUGGAAUGAUGAAUGAGGCAGCGCUCUUUACAAACAGCAAAAACAAAGUUGUUCGUAAAGCUCAAUAAUAUUCCUGGGCUUGUGAACCGAUCAUAAAUUAUUUAGAUUUUUCACACUCUGAUGACGCAUCCAUGACUUGCUGACUCAUAAAGAUAUCCUGGUUUGAAGCGUAUUGAAAAACGAUCAGAAACAGACUCCUGACCCGAGGAAAGAGAGGAAAUCCAGCACAAAGUACAUAGUAGAGGGUUUUCCUUCUUGUGUCAAGCUCUCAGUGUACACUCUCGCUCAUUUUGCUUUUAUUGUCUCCACAGAUCACUGUUACCGACCACGGCGUUCCUGCAAAAUCCACCACUGUUCGCGUCAUCGUCCGAGUCCUGGAUGAGAAUGACAACAGGCCGCAGUUUUUGGAGAAAAUCUACAAGAUCAAACUUCCAGAGCGAGAGAGGCCAGAGAAGGAGAGAGCCACAAAGCGAGACCCGGUGUAUCGUGUGAUAGCUUCAGACCGCGAUGAGGGACCCAAUGCGGAGAUCUCUUACAGCAUCGAGGAGGGGGAUGAAAAUGGAAAGUUCUUUAUCGAGCCAAAGACCGGUCUGGUGUCUUCUAAGAAGUUUUCCUCUGCUGGAGAAUACGACAUCCUUACAGUGAGUUUAUCACAUUGCUCUCAGCCUGAUAGUCUCUCCAGUGAGCAGUGAAUUUCUACAGCAGAUGCCGGUUUGUGGUUUUACUGCUUUAUUCCCCUCUUCUUCUCACGUUCCUGCCCCCCUUGUGCUCCUCGCCUCCUUUCUUCCCUUCAAAACACCCAAAUCAAUUGGUCCACACACUUUGCUCCACAGGUGUGUCAUAAAACGAAUCACAAAAGCACUUAAAGUAGCGACUCUUAAACAGAGGCUCGCAUUGUUCCAUUUUUACGGGAGAGUGAAGCGUUCCUACUGUGGUUUUCAUUUCUGCAGGGUCCUCGAAUUAGAAUAACAAAUUUGUCAAUCACUGAUGUGUCACUACUGUUUUGGCUAUUAGCUUACUGUGAGAUAGUCCAGCACAUCGGAAACAAUUUUGACAGCUGCUUUUUGGAAGGCUGCUGUAGAAUUACUGGGAGAAAAAUUGUGUGAGACUGAAAUAUUUGACAAUCCUCCACCUGUGAAUUAAAAAGCAAGAAUUUAACUGUGGUUUAGUCAUCACAGUUAGCUGUCAUGAUAUUUAACAGUCUUUUUUUUUUGCUUUACUGAUUCUUUCUUAGGUUUUGUAUCCUCACACGUCUCUAGUUAUAUUUCCUGUUACAAAAUCAAACUGCUCACUGUGGUGUACAGUCAUAGAAAUCCACACAAUGGGUUGGUUAACAAAAGAUUACCGCACAAAAGGUGCUUUGUUAUUUAAACUAAGCAGCACCUUGCCAUGUGGACAGCUCAGAGGACAGCUGUGGUUAAGAUUGAGACACAGACCAUUUAGAGAAAAAAUUCCUUCUUGCAGUGCUUCACCUAUAAUCUAUACCCGCUGUGUAAAGUGUUCCCUGCAGUAUGUUCUGACUUCAAUUUAAUGUUCGUCCAUGUACUUUCUUGUAAGUAAAUGACUAAACUUCACUGUUUACUUCUGAAGUAUUACAGGCAGAGGAGCUGCCAGAGCUCUGCUGGAACUCGUUUGUAACAAACAAAAUGUUACAUAAGACCAACACAGUCUUUCAUUCUCUGUCCCUCUCUCAGAUUAAAGCCGUCGACAAUGGGCGCCCUCAGAAGUCCUCCACUUGUCGCCUCCAUAUUGAGUGGAUUCCCAAACCGGAAUUGCCGGCUGAUGCUGCCCCCCUGCUUUUCGAAGAGUCCCCUUACACCUUCACUGUGAUGGAAAAUGACCAAGUGGCACAUAUGGUGGCCGUUGUUGCCACUGAAUCCUCGGAUGUUCCUGUGUGGUUUGAAAUCACAGGUAUUUUGUCCUCAUUUACAUCUUUGACGUUUUUCUAGUGUGCAUGCACAGUGUAGAAAAGCUCUUCAACAAAUAAAUGCUCCUUACGUAGAACAACUUUUACACCUGAAGACUAACAAAGUGUCUGUGUGUGAUAUGACUCAAAAUAUGGAAAUAUGAAACUAAAACCUGUGCAGACAAGACAGUCAUGUUUCAAGAUUAUUAGCUGGCCUUCUCGAGUUCUUUGUAACAGAGAGCUGUGUUAGCUGCCAAAUCAUUGCAGAGCAAAAGUACACCUGAGUUUUAUUUUACCUCAAAAAACAGUAACGUAACAAAGAAAUAAGCUAUCUGUUGAACACAGCAUGAAAAAUGUUUAUUAUAUUGUGAAACAGCUACAACAAGAGACGAUAUACCCAUUCAAACUGGCUGCAUAGGUAGCGCAAGCUAGCUUCAGUCCAAGCUAAAGCCAUAUUGACUCUUAUCUGAGGUUGUGUGCUAUAUUCUGUGAUAAAACGCAAUCAUUAUGAUAAACCAAUGUUUUUGUGAAAAUGUUAUUCCUAAAACUAAAUCAUACUGUUUAUAUAUACAGUGAUGAAAGAACAAAUAUGAUGACAGUUAGCUUAAGAUGACAACUAGCAUAGCAGAUCUUGAGAGAAGAGGAAAAUUAAAAACUAAAAAAUCAAAAAACUGACUGAUAAAUCACUUCGAUGGACCUUAAACAAUAGUUUAAUUUAUCACAGAUUAAAGCUCCUGUGAGGAACAUUCAGUUUUUGUAUAUUUUGGCGCCCCCUGUAGACAAAACAGUCUGUACUUAUUGUGUCCAAAACAUGCUUGAGAAGUGAUUUAUGACAACAAAUCUCAUCCUGCUGGUUUUUGACAGUCAAAUGUGUCAUUUAUUGUGAAUAUUUGUCUAUUUCAUAAAUGUCCAAAAACUCCUUAUUGUAGCUUUAAAUUGUUGCAAAAAUAGGAACAAAAAACCAAGCGUUUUAAUUCAUUUCUGGUGGUAGUUUAAAGAUUUUGUUUCUCUUUCUAAAGGCAGAGCACAUUUAAAGAGGCUUUUAUGGCUGUUAUUGUGUACAGACCCUUGAUCAUUCUAGCAUGUGUUAAACAGUACAGCCGGUUUAAUUUAAAACAUUUACUGAGCUUACUUCAAAACCGUUAUUCUCACUUUACCUUUCUCUUUUGUGGAUCACUUUGGCUAAUUAAAAACAUUGCAGAGCUAAGAUCUACAGACAAUUGGUGUUGAUGUUUUCUAAAGCUCUCCUUUGUCCGCUAACUGAAAUGCAGUCUGUUUCCUUAUGAAGUGAAAUUGGCAUCCCUUUAUUAAAGUAUUUGGAUUGAAAUAGUCUACUCUGAAUGAUGAUAGACACUGAAUGCAUGAGGCUUAAAUUGACUUCUUCCAAAAAAAGAGAGAAAAAAAAUGCUUGCCUCUUCUUCUCCUUUCCUCCCAGCCUGUCCGCCCUCUAAUCAAUGCCUGACUGACACAUCUCUUUUCUUCUCUUCUCUCUCUGUGCUCUGCUUCUGCUUCCUUCUUUUUCUCUGGAAUGUUCUGUUUGGUUGGAUUUUUGCAAGACGACAUAGAGGAUACUGAGAUGUUUUACAUCCUUCAGAUGGCUUGUGACCACAACUGUACAGCAGAAGGUAGCUGCUGGGAUCUCCUAAUAGGCUGUGCUGUAUUAAGAGAUCAUCCCACACUGUGUGUUGGUGCUGCCUGUGGGCUGUGGUUCAAUUGUGUUGUGCCGCUUGAUUGAUGUUGUGCCACUUUUUUCCCAUACAACAUGUGACCUGAUUACGAGCCUCACAUAAUCCUCCUCUCCUUACAUUUUGUGUAUUAUAGCUUCAUCUUAUUCCCAUAUUGUUUAGUUUAUCUUAAGAGUUAAAUAUUGUGUAGCUUUCAGAGGAAUGCUCUGUUGUUGUAUAUUCAUCACUUUGAGUUUUUCAUCCAUUCUGUGCAUUUAAGAGUUUAUUGCAUGAAAUAGCUGCUACGUGAAUAAACAAAGUAAAUGACUCCACAUUACUUUAUCUCUUUAUUAUGAUCUAGGACAUCAACACAGCAGAAAAUUGAUGUUUAUAUGUCCAGCUCAGCGCCCCCACUAAGUGUUUGUGUAACCUUGCUAUAUGAAGACGACCAAACAAUGAUUUGCCGCUAAUCCUUUGUUCUUUUUUUGUUUGUAUAAAAAAAAAUUAUUCCACAGGUGGUAAUUAUGACAGCCGCUUUGACGUUGGCAAGGCCAGUGGAACCUUGAUUGUUGCGCGGCCCCUGGACGCAGAGCAGAAAUCAAAUUACAACCUGACGGUGGAAGCCACAGAUGGGACACGAACUGUCAGCACCCAGGUAAUUGAAACACUAAUGAAAUGGUUGGAAGCUGAUGAGGCAGUUGUCAUGGUCCUGUUUUUCUCAUGCGCGGACUGGCAGGAGGGAAGUGAUGGGUAAUGAGUGAAGCGGUGGCCAAAACCUCCUGUUUGUUGGGGUAUGUUUAUGGUGUGAUGCUAUCAUUGCUCUCAACCGGCCCUGAAAAUGGACAGAUUAUUGGGUUUGGGUUUCAUUACAGCCCUGCACAACCUGACUUCUAACACAGCCUGGUAAAAAUGAGCAGAUAUUACACACAAAAAAAACAUGGGAUGCUGUGUUGUGUUUUGAGAUCUUAUUACACUGCCUGGAGCUGCCUGUUGGGGUUGAUUACAUUGUGUUUUAUUACCAGAUUUGCUUUUGUAUUCCCCUCUAAUAGCUGAAAAAGCAUGAAUACAGAUCUUUUUAUUUUAAAAAUGGUUGACAUCUUGGAAAAUAUGCUUUUUUGCUUUGACUGGAUUUAGAUGAGAAGAAUGAUACAUCUUAAAUCUGUUUAUUAGAUAAAGGGCCAAGUUAGCUAAGCUUAGCAUAAAGAGAAGAGGAAGCCGACACUAUCCUAAGGUUAAAAACAAACUUUCUCUGUCUGGCAAAUAAAAUGGGAAUUUUUCCUCAUGUAAUCUGAACUCUACAAGGACAAAUGUGUAAAAAGAAUAUCCUGGAGCUCAGACAGGACAUUCAUAUUUAUAUGACAAUCUAAUAAAGGCUAUAAGAAUUUUAAAGAUAUGAGAAACUUUACCUUUCAUGUUAAUUUGAGCAUAUUUAUAUGGAAUUAUCAAUCUUAAUUUUAUCUCAAGAAAAAGAGAAAAAAACGACAAAAACACGAAAGGAAGAAUGGAAAACAAAGAGAAAGAAAAAACAUGAAUAAAUAAAAGAGAAAGAAAAAGUAAGUAGAAAGGAGACGAACAACAAAAAAAGAAAGAUCUUGAAGAGAAAUAGAGAAUGGAAAAAGAAAGAGAAAGGAAAAAAGGAAGAAUGAGAAAAUGGAAAGAACAAAUACAUAUAAAUCAAAGUUAACCAAGAGAGAUUUUGGGUUCAAUGAGUUGGUUAAAAAAGAGAAAAAAAAGAUAAAAGAAUAAAAGAAAAAGAGAUAAAAAUACAAAAGAAGAAGGAUUAAGAUAAAGAAAAAAAGAAGAGGAAAAAUAAUGAAUAAAAGAGAGCAGUUAAGAAAGCGAAAAAUGAUAGUAAGUUAGCGAAAAUAAUGAAGUGAAAGAAAGAAUAGAAAGAAAACUAAUAAGUAAGGAAAAAAGGAAGGGAAGAGAGAUACUGUAAAGGAUAAAGGAUGGAAAGGGGAUGAAAGAAAUUAUGAAAAAGAGCAAAAGAAAAAAAAGAAGUAGGAAUGAAUACGAUCACUGAAAGGGUUAAAUAACAGGGUAUAGUAAAAUAAAGAAAGAAAUGGAAAUGAAGGAUUAAAGACAGGAUAAGAAGAGAAGGGAAUAAAAGAAAGGAUAAAGGAAGAAGAGAGGAAGAAAAAUUAAAGAAUGAGUGAGAGAAAAUAAGGAAUGAGAGAAAGAAAAAAGGAGGGACAGACGUAAGGAUUAAAAGAAAUAAAAGAAAGAAUAAAAGAAUGAAUGAAAGAUGUUUAACAGGAAAAAUAAGAAAGACAGGGAUGAAAGAAAGGAGGAAUGAGAGAAUGGAGGAAAAAGAGAAAAUGAAAUGAAUCAAGAAUGAAAGGAAAGGAGUUUCUUGUGAGUACAGCUGAAGUUUUGAAGCCUGGCUGUAGACCCUCAUUGUUCUCCACCAUCUGAAUCCAGCCCGAACUUCAGGAAUCUUCCAUUGUCUCAUUCCUGACGCAGAGCUGCUGUGAUGAUGGUGGCGUCUAGCCAGAGUCUUUUUUUAAGUGUACAUUCUUCAGCUCCCUCCUCCUCCUCCUUUUCCUCCUCCUCCUCCUUCUCCUUUCUGCUGUCUCUCUGAACCUGUGAACCUUCUCUUCCUUCUCUCUGAGAGGAACAGAUGGCCUCUGUCUCUCCUGAAUGGACAUGAAAUAAUGAAACAUCUAACACACAUGCAUAUGCACCUGUUACAGUCUGGAAACUGGAAAACAGUCAGGUAGAAAGAUACUUUUUAUGCUCAGAGUGUGGGACUUGAAACCUACGUGAGCCCGAAAGAUAAAACUAAAAGCUAUUUCCAAAGCAGUGGCACACUUUCAUUUUAAUAUAUUAAUAUGCUGAUUUAUUCCUACUUGCAUAUAUCUCGCUCCCCAGCUGAUACCAAAGCUGAGCCGCCAUAAUACAAGCUUUUAAGUAUGCAAGUUGUCUGUAGUUUUUGUUCACAUGGUCAUGCCUUGUCCAUGAGAUUUUGAACAUCGGUACAUGGUAGUUUGGGUCGUAUGGGAUGGUUGCAUUCAAAAUGUUUUGUCCUUUGUCCUCAAAGGGGAGCCACAGAGAACUGUAGCUGCAAAAGAAUCUAUUUGUUGUCACUCCGUAUGAAUAAAGCCUUUCAUCAUCUGGCUGCUGUGCUCCACUGAGCCUCGGAUGAAGCGCCGCCUUCUCUGGCAUUUUGCAGCUCAUCCACGGAAGCAGCACGUCCUUUAGUUCAGUGCAGAACUUUCAAAAGAGUCACAAAGUGCCUAUUUUCUCAUCCCUGAUUUCCUCUCCCCAUGAAGCACUUUCUUAAGAGCCUUGGCAACAGAGACUUAUUUAAAAGCCUCUCAGCCAUUCUGCAUGCAGUGACAUUUUUUAGUUCAAUUAAUCACAGUCAAAGGUCUGCCUAUUGAGAAGGUUUAGUGCUCAGCAGGACUUGGUUCUGUACUGCAAAAGUACAGGCAAUUAUCUAGUACAUAUAGUGUUUCAAUCUGCGGGUCACCUAAUUGACUUCUAUACUUUGUAUUGACUGAGUACAAGAAAGUAUGUACCAGAACACAGUGUAACCUGAUGGUAACUGAUAGGGUGACAAAUAUUUUUGUUCUAUUUUGUAUAUUUUUAAGGUUUUCUGUUUAUGCACAGUGAGCAAAGAUGUGCAAAUAUUUAAAUCUUCUCAUUUCCGAUUUCUACUUUUAUCUCUUUACACCACCACCCUCUUGGUUAAUUGUUGGUUACUAAAUUUAAUAUUUACUUUUUUACUAUUUAAUUUUUUCAUUACUAUUCAAUUUUUUUAAUUUAGUAAACAACUUACCCUCUUGGUUAGUUGUUUAGUAAAUGAAAUAAGCAUGUAGUGUUGUUUUUUUAAUUAUUAUUAUCAAAUAAACAUAGGAAACAGGAUGAUUUUAUUCAAAAUUUAAAGACUUCUCUGACAAAUAAUUCUUGAACAUGAAAUCAAACUUUUUAACAAACUGUGAGAUAACCAAAAUUUGGUGUUAAGAAUUGACUUUUAGGAGUGGGAGAAGAAACUGAUCCAGCAAAGUAUCACGAUAUUUUGUCUGGUUAUAUAUCAUAUCGUCUCAUUUACCAAGUAUUGAUUUUUCAAAUUAAUGGCUAAUAUGAAGUCAAAUCUAUGAUAAUGGAAAAAGAAACUCAACUGUUUGUCCUGUGAGGUUGGCAGAGGUGACAUCAUACAGCAAGAAAAAGUUAGUAAUAAUAUAAUAAUAAUAAUAACUUUAUUAUAAAUAGCACUUUUAAAAACAGAAGUUUACAAAGUGCUUCGACAACAGUUGCAAGCACAGAACAUCAGCACAUGAAAAUAAAAACAGAAGCUCAGUUAAAAACAAGGCCUCUGACUUGAAGGCCAGUUUCAUUUUUCAUAAGAAACCCAAAUAUAAACAAGGUUUGCAAGAUGUGCUACAUGAAAUAAAAUACAGUGUAAAUAAGACAAACAUAAAGGACAGCAAAAUGCUAAAUUUGGUAAACAGUUGAAAAAAAUUAUAUAAAUUGCAUUGCAUAUUGUAUUGCAAUACUCACCUUAUUGCAAAAUGUUAAAAAUAGCAAUAAUAACGUAUCGUUGGGCCACUGGUGAUUCCCCCCCCCCCCCGUUAACUUUACAGUAUGGCAGAGCGGAUGAACUUCAAGAAAGUCAACUUUUUACACACUUCCACAGAUUUUCUUGGAUUCGAUUUGAUAAACGUAGUAUCAUAGAUACUAUUCAGACCAGAAAUAGGUCACAUACUGAUCACUCGUACGGUGUGUCACAUGCAACAGUGCUCUCCUUCUUAUUGCCCGCAGAUCUCAGAUGUGCUUAUCAUAGUAUUUAUUAAUAGAGCUGCGACUGAUAGGCUCCGCUGCAGAUGUGUGUUAGUGUGUCAGCCUCAGCUGCGUAUACUCAGCUGACCGCUGUGGGUCAGCUGUUUUCUGUGGAGGGAAACAGAUUGACUAAAUUUGUGUGCUCCAUAAACCAACUUUCUGAUUUAAGCCAGUUGUCUGAGAGUUCCUCAGAGCCAAAGAUGUGACUGAAAAAGUAUCAGCUGAGACUGAUACUGUAGUAUACUAAAUAUACUAUGCUAUUGAUUAAUGGAUGGCUAAAGUAGGAGGUGAUCAGGAUGUACCAGUUUUACACAAAAACAAAAGCAGCGUUAGAAAAACCUGUAACUCUCGCUGGCCUGAGAUCUGAGUACUUCAUAUUUCUGGAAGCCACCCGAGUGUUUUGGCUACUAACUUGUUUAUGUGAUAACACUGUUCAGCACUGUCUGUUAAUGUGCCGCAUGCUGGGGAGUGCAUGUUUUAUGUAAUCGUAAGAAGUACCCGGAUAAAGGGCAAAGGUUAUGGAAAGGUUGUGCCAAACCAUCAUGAAAGGGAUUAAUUCACUUCCUGAAUAAGGUUUUACUCAUUAUUCUUGCAAACCAGCGUCAGUACAUUCCUCUCGGUUAAUCUGCUUGAUUGUAGAAAGUAUCAGCGCAGGUGUUGAGUAACCAUUUUUCUUUGUCUCCUUUGUGCUAAUAGGAGAGAGAAUUUCAGCGGUAAAUCAUAUGCUAAAUAGUUGUUUGUCAUGGAUUUGUUGUCUUUGGAAAAAAUAUUUUAUUUACCCUUUAAAACAGUCGAUACAGGGUUUCACUGCAAAUGAGAUCCACCUGAUCACACACUCAGAGCACCUCGUGAAGGCUCAAAGUCAGUCUUAUCUGUUCCUCAAAUCAAAGUCAUGUGGAAGCUUUGCUGCCAGACGCGCUGGCCUAUUUUCUCACUCUUUGGAAUUUUUUUUUUUCAUCCUUUUUCUUCUCCAUCUCCCUCCAGCCCUCUUUGUCUUUCCGUCUGAUUUUCUUCUUCCUGCUUUUUAAAGGAGAGCUGCGCAUUCAUUGGCCGGGUGUGCAGCGAUGAUGAUUAUUCUGUUUGGUAAGAGAAGAAGCACAAAUGAGUGCUGGACCUCUGUGGGUAGUGGGCUGUGUUAAUCCUGUUUUGGGAACAUGUUGAAGUGCUCGGUGCCAGUGCCCUGCCUUUGCCCAGAACCUGCCACCUGGCAGGGGGGCCUUCCUUUCCUACGUAUGGCACAGGGGACAAUGGGCACAAUGAGAGCUCCCACUUGUCUUGUUUUAGCGCGGAGCAGAAGAAGGGAUUGGUUAUUUAGAGGGCUCUGUUUCCAUUGUGGUCAUUUUAAGCUCACCUUUUGUGUUUGAAUGUCUCGUUUAUUGUCACAUUACAAUGAUGAACUCCAAGCUGAAAAUUGGGAAUAAAAAUUUGAUCCCUCCUCGUUGUGUACAGAGCUCACAGUCAGUGGGAAGUGAAGCAGUUGGCUUUCUGUCAUGUUUUCCAUCUGACAGUUAUGUUUCUACGAAGGCGUCUGCAGAAUCAGCUGAUGUAGUCGAGGGCUUUUGCAUUCUAGCGAGGGCACCUCAUCGCCAGAAACCGCGCCAACAAGGCAGCCUCGGCACGCAGCCCAGCCUCCCUCCCCCCCCUCAUCUCCAGCUAUACGACAUACUCCCUUGGCCGUGCAGAAGCACCUCAAGCUGUUCUGCACACAAUCUGUUCCUGGUCUCCUGCUUCUCCUGUUAUCUGGGUCCACAUUACAAAGACUCUGUUUGUGUCUCAGUGGAAGGUUCACCUUAUUCAAUCAUACUUCUGUGCACUCCUUUCCUUAUCUGGGACGCUUUUCUUACAUUUCCCGGACUUCUUUUUUUGCAUUUCUGUCUCAUCUUUUGUUUGUGCAUUUGUUUCAUUUCCACCCACAACCUGUCUUCUCUAAGUUUGACCAUUUCCCUUCAGCUUUCGAUGGCUUCUCGCUGUCACUUCUCUUUCUUACUCUCAUCUCAGCCUCACAGCAGUUUUUUUUUUUUUUUGAUUCUUUAGUAUCUCCAUCUGUCACGUCUGUGUCUCAGUCCCAGUCUUGUUCUUCUCCAGCUUUCCCAGAGGAAGCAAUACACAAAGACUGUCGAGUUUUUAUUCCUCCACACCAGUUUCUGCUGCAGUCAGGCUGUAGUUUGCCGUUUUUGUGAUGUUUCAGGGCAAAGUUCCUUUUGAAGUGUUUUAGAGCCUUCUGGCAGAGGGAAAGCCAAGUUUGUGUGCAGAUGGAGGAUCUAGGGAGAGUGCUGAAUAGCCUUUUGUGCGCCUUCCUCUCUGUAUGAAAUAGUACAUUGUGGAUAGAUGUGGGUACCGCUGACCAGGUUCCGUUCCCUUUCUGAGUCUUGACAGCCCUAUCAGCCCUCGCCACCUUACUCGCGAUUCACGUGAUGUGUUAUCUGACGCUUGCCAGAUUGAGACACAUCGGACGGCCUCUUUUGUGUGGAUGUAUGGGUGGCAGUAAAAAAUUUAUGAGCCUGGGUGUGUGUGGGUGCAUGCGUGUGCGUCUUUGCGAGGUGGAUUGUGAGACAUCAGGGAUCUAGUGCCAUAUGAUGUCUGGCAUGACAUGAGAAGACACGCUUGGAAUGAGAUGGAUUGUCAGCCUGCCGAUAAAGCAAAAUACACCAGAGGCCCAAUUUCAAACGCCUUUAUUCGGGGUUAAUGUCUCAUUAGAAAAGUGGAUUUAUUUAGAAUUACCCACCCUGAUUAGCAGUGUGACAUAGGUUGCCUGUGACUUAUGGCAGACAACCAGCGAACAGCGGUGACAGACAGCAUGCGGCCCAGUGCUCCCCCUGCAAGAUGACAUCUGUGAGCCUCAGCGGCAUUGCCAACAUCACAGCACAGAGCAGAUUGUAAAUGUUAUCAGUGCUGUCAGGUUGAGUCUAUAUUUGUCUCAGAUAUAGACUCCACAGCGCUCCACAAACAGUAUUAGGAAAAGAAACAGCAUUGGGAAGUUGUGCUGACCACAGAUCUGACAAAUCCUGGUCAGCUAGUGAGCUGUCAGCUGGUCAGAGCUUUUUCCGACCCUGUUCCCUUCCCUGUUCCGGCACCAAACAGCUCGGCUCUGUCUGUUCCCUGACGGGACAUCACCCCCUUGUGUUUGGUAUGCAGGUGUCUAAUCUGGGCUGAUCCCUUUGUUCCCCAUGUUUGGCAACGAUAGAAGCCCCCCUCGCUGGUCUGGGAAGCAGAGAUGGCAUUCCAGCAGCUCUCCAUAAUCCUCUGUCGGAAGUCCAGUAGACGAGUGGCUGCUGUUGAUAAAACAUGCUCCCAGUGGAAUUUUACAGUUUGGGGAUGUUGUCUUUGUUUUAGGGGUGGGGGUGGGGGGGGCACAAAGACGGCACUUCUGCUGUCCAAAGAAAUGAGUGCAUUUUUAGAAAUUUGUUUCAUUGCAAGUCGAACUGUUGUUGGUGCAUGCAUCUGCAGGACGGCAAACAGACCAGCAAAAAAAGGGUUUAAAGAUCCUCAAAAACAUUGAAACAACAACCACAAUUUCUUUGGCUGCUUAUGCUGAGGUACUUCUUUAGUGGGCCACCUACAUGUUUCUUCAAGAGGAGCUAUGUCAAUAUGUUUUAUUGUGAUUGUGAUGCUCCUUAAUUAUCAUGCGGUGCUCCUAACUUUCUGAAGCUGGGAGCUUCAGUGCCAGCAUGGGGAAAAUGUUAAUUCCAAGAAAAUGUUCACUGUCAAACCCCUCAUUUACUCUUUUUCCUCUAUUCUUGCGUGUUUUCGUGCCACAAUUUAUGGCAUGUUAUUAUACCAGGGCGCCUCACAUCCUCACUGCCAACAUGUCAGCUUGUGUAUGUAGCCGCUCAUUAGAGUUUGUGUCACUGUGUGGCGUGGAACUUGCGGUCUGUGUGUGUAAAUCAAAGAUCAGCACGGAAUCAGAUAUAUUUGAGGGGACCAGCUAGUCUGAACAAGCUGAAAACAAGUGAAUUCCAGCCUCCAGCCUAUUUAUGCAGGUUGUGAGCGUUUGCUUGUUUUGACUUUGCACUUUUUCCUGCAGCAUGAACUGAAAAUCCAGUAUUUCUUUUUGUAAAUCUUAAACUACCAAGAAGACCCUAGUGUAUUAUUCAUACAGGGGUCCACAUAAUGGAAUAACCGUCUUCAUCAUUUUAAUCAGAUCAACACGGUCAGGUUCUGUUUUGACUGGUUCAACUGUAAUGACAGUACCAAGAGUCUAAACUUAGCACAAGGUGACUCAAUUUGAACUGUAAAAAUUGGAUUCUCAUAUAUGAAUAUGUGGGUUGAAUUAGGAGACAGCGGCAGCAUAGCAUCUUAAAACUGAAUAUUUUCCACUCCUCUGUUUGACUCUUGUAGGUGCUGAUCCGUGUCAUUGACACCAACAACCACCGGCCUGAGUUUUCUCAGAGUUAUUACGAGGUGAAUGUCUCUGAAGAUGAACCGGCAGGGACUGAAGUCCUGCAAAUCAGCGCUGUGGACAGAGAUGAGAAGAACAAACUGACCUUUACACUCCUGAGCAGCACUGAUCCCUUCAGCCUGAGGAAGUUCAGACUAGACCCAGGAACAGGGACUCUCUACACCACUGAGCGGCUGGAUCAUGAGACUAUGCAUCGACAUGUGCUCACAGUUAUGGUAAGAAUCGAUACACACUGGCGUUCAGACAAAAGUCAGCUCAGUUCAGAAGGUUUCUCAGUGUGGUUUAUUUUGGUUUUUAUGUGUGUCACACACUUUUCAAACUUACGCAGUUUGCUGUUUUAUAAGAGAUCUAAUUACCGGUAUUUCUUAAGGGUCCUCAUGCUCAUCUGUCCCUGUUUCUCUUCCUCUUUCCUCUGCCUAUUUCUUUCUGAAUUCCCAAUUUUUAGGUUCGGGACCAGGACAUCCCAGUGAAGAGAAACCUUGUUCGUGUUAUUGUCAAUGUGGGUGACACCAAUGACAACGCACCCUGGUUCAUCGGCACACCUUAUUCUGGCCGUGUGUUUGAAUCUGCAGCCGUUGGCACAGCCGUACUGCAGGUCACUGCUCUAGACAAAGACAAGGGCCAUAACGCAGAGAUCCUCUACAGCAUUGAAUCAGGUAAACACAAAGUUGCUGUGCCACUCUUGCUGAGCCAAAAUCUGAGCCCUGGGUUUUGUGUUAUGUUAGAAAGCCGUCAUUGUAACCUAAUGCAAAUGAAAUCAGCUCGUAAAAAUGUAUGAGUCAUCUGGAGUCCUGCAGCCCACUGGAACUUGAUCAUGAAUGGAAUACUUUACAAAGAGUGGGAGAAUAUUGAAGACUUUGUCUAAGGGUCUUUAAAUACGUGGGAGAUGGGCAGAUCCCCGCUCAGAAUUUCCCACGAUGGCUUUUUAUUACAAUAAGCUGCUCUAUGAGAACAAGAAACUUGCAGCUAUUAGCUUUUUGUUGGGAUCUGUGCAUAUUUAACAUAGCUGAAAUGACUCAGAGUAUCCCCUUGUUUUAGUCAAAUUAUGGGCUGAGGAUGUUUUGACUGAAAAGGAAAUUAGCAUUUCUGACUAUUGGGCUGUGGUAAAGUGUUUGGUAAAAGAGUUCAAUGUCUUUAUUUCAGAGUUAGAUAUGAUGGAAUUGAAAUCACAUCCACAUUAGUAAAUAAUUCUUCUGUCUGUUCUUCCAGGAAAUUUUGCAAACUCAUUUGCCAUCGACCCUGUUCUCGGGACCAUAACAGUGGCCAAAGAGCUCGACCGCAACAGCAAGACCCAAUUUGAACUCACCGUUAAGGCAUCCGACAACGGAUUAUCUCCACUGUCAACAACAGCCACUGUGCACAUCGUGGUGACAGUCUCUGACAAUGCAGCCCCCAGAUUCACUGAAAAAGAGUUCUCUGCAGAAGUCAGUGAAUCAGCCCAUCCUGGAAGUUUUGUGAGCUUGGUGACAGCUGUCAGCCAGUCUUCCAUUUUCUACCAAAUCAGAGGUGGCAACAUAAACAACGCUUUUGACAUAAACCCAAACUCUGGAGUUGUUGUGACCCAGAAAGCUUUGGAUUAUGAGACCGUCCCCCAGUAUGUGCUGAUCAUCCAGGGAACCAACAUGGCUGGACUUUCUCGCAACACUUCACUUCUUAUUCAUCUGAAGGAUGAAAAUGACAACGCUCCGGUCUUCCUCCAGAGAGAAUUCAAAGGAGUAAUCAGUGAGUCAGCCCCCAUCAACAGUGUCGUUCUGACUCCAGAAAACACCCCUUUUGUCAUUCGUGCCACUGAUGCUGAUUGUGACCAAAAUGCCAUGCUCAUCUACCAAAUUGUUGAACCCUUUGCACAUAACUACUGUGCCAUCGACUCAAGCACCGGAGCGAUCAGGAUCACAGCAACUUUGGAUUAUGAGCAGAGGAAUGUUUUCCGCUUCACAGUCCAGGUCCACGACUUAGGAAUGCCACGCCUGUUUGCUGAGUCAGCAGCCAACGUGACCAUUGAAGUCAUUGAUGUGAACGACUGCCCUCCAGUUUUUAGCCAAGAUCUGUAUGAGGCGACCAUCAUAGUUCCAACAUACAAAGGGGUAGAGGUCAUUAAAGUCAACGCAACAGACUCUGACUCUGCGCCUAACUCCAGACUCCUCUUCUCCAUCUCUGAGGGUAAUAUUGGUGAGAAAUUUCAAAUGGAUCCAAUCACUGGCAUUAUCUCAAUUCAGAAUGUCACACAGCUCAGGAGCAGAUAUGAAUUAAAGGUUAGGGUUUCUGAUGGCAGAUUCGCCACUGUAGCUACAGUGAAGAUAAAUGUGAAAGAAAACAAAGAAAGUAAACUGAAGUUCACGAGGGAGACUUAUAAAGCCUACGUCCGAGAAAACUCAUCUGAAAAGAAAAGACUUAAAGUUGUUGCUGUUGUUGGGAACCAGGUAAACGAGCCUUUGUUUUUCAAAAUCUUAAACCCCGACAGCCGCUUUGAAAUCAGCCGCACAUCUGGAGUGAUCUCUACCACUGGAAUCCCCUUUGAUCGAGAAACUCAGGACACCUUUGAUUUGGUUGUUGAGGUCACUAGAGAGGACAAAUCUGAAGAAGGGGCUCAUGUUCUUGUAACUGUGACGGUGGAAGAUGAGAACGACAACAAACCUAUGUUCGUCAACCUCCCCUAUCAUGCCCUUGUCCAGAUGGAUGCAGAGGAAGGCCAAGUCAUUCGCCAAGUUACAGCAGUGGACAGAGACCUGGGCCCGAAUGCAGAUAUCCAUUACAGCCUGAAGGAACACCAAGAACAUUUUGAAGUAAGCCCCUCUGGUGAAAUCUCUGUCAAAAAGAAAUUUGAGACAGAGUCGCUUAAUGCAGACUUUGUCAUCAUUGUUAUAGCGAAGGAUAAUGGAGAGCCAGCACUCUCAGCAGAAGUGGAAGUGCCAAUAACAGUGGUUAACAAAGCAAUGCCUGUGUUUGAAAAGCCUUUUUAUAGCAUUGAAAUCCCUGAAAACAUCCAGUUACACACACCAGUGCUUCACGUUCAGGCAAAUGAUUCUGAAGGCCCUCGUAUUGUAUACACCAUCUCUGAGGGAGACCCUUUCAAGCAGUUCUCAAUAGACUUCAACACAGGUGUCAUUCAUGUGGUUCAGCCUCUGGACUUUGAGACACAUCCUGCGUAUAAGUUGAAUGUAAGAGCCACAGAUUCCCUGACUGGAGCCCACUCUGAAGUGUUUGUUGAUAUCAUUCUGGAGGAUGUUAAUGACAAUGCCCCAAUGUUUCUGUCCAAGUCCUACUACGCCAACAUCUCUGAGGCCUCUGUCAUUGGUACUUCUGUUUUGCAAGUAGACGCCAGGGAUCUUGACACGGGAAACAACCAAGAAGUGUUCUUUCAGCUGGUUGAGGAAAAAGGGAAGAGUUCAGAGUAUUUCAGCAUUGACCGUGACACAGGGGUGAUCUCCACAUCUCAAGUUGUCGAUCACGAGGAGAUCCAACAGCACGAGUUGAAAGUGCGAGUUGUAGAUGGAGGCGUCCCAGCCCUCUCAAGUGAAGUCAUUGUGACGAUUGACGUCACAGACUUGAAUGACAACCCUCCCGUGUUUACAGAGCAAACUUACAGAAGUACCAUCAGCGAAUUGGCCCCACGUGGGCACUUCAUCACCCAAGUCCAGGCGUCUGACGCUGACAGCUCAGACAAAGACAACUUAGAGUUCUCCAUUAUCUCCAGCAAUGAGGACCAGAACUUUUCCAUUGACAAAAAAACAGGCGCUAUUGUCAUUUCCAACCAUCGCAGGCCUCAUAUGCAGCCCCUGUACAACCUCAAUGUUUCAGUGUCGGAUGGUGUAUUCAGAAGCUCAGCACUUAUCGUGAUAACAGUUAUUGGCGCCAACUUCCACAAUCCAACUUUCUCUCAGGAGGAGUAUGUGGUUGAGCUUGUUGAAAACUCACCUGUUGGAACCUUGGUGGCAGAAGCGAAGGCGACAGAUGAUGACGAAGGCGUUUAUGGGCAAAUAUCCUACCAAAUUGUCAAUGACUUUGCAAAAGACAAGUUCUCUGUCAAUGAAGAUGGUGAGAUCUUUACUUUGGAGAGUCUUGAUCGUGAGAAUACAGUCGAGAAGGUUAUUCCAAUUUCACUUGUAGCUAAAGAUGGUGGUGGAAAAGUUGGCUUUUGUAUAGUCAAUGUAAUCCUCACAGAUGUCAACGACAAUGCCCCACAAUUCAGAGCGGCUGAAUACAAAGCCACCAUUUCAUCAGACGUCCCGAGGGGAACCUCUGUGGUUAAAAUUGCUGCUUCAGACAUGGACGAGGGUAGCAACGCUGACAUUGAGUACUCCUUAGAAGCAGAUGUUGACAGUGUGGAAGAGAACUUUGAAAUCCACCCAACCUCCGGGGUCAUCGUCACCAAAGAAAGUCUCAUUGGACUUGAAAACGAGCUCUAUGCAUUCUUUGUCAGGGCAAAGGAUACUGGGAAUCCACCCAAAUAUUCGGUUGUGCAGGUUUACAUCAGGAUCGUUGCACCUGAGAUGCCAAUUCCCAAAUUCACUGAGCCACAUUACCGCUACACGAUCGCUGAAGACCUUCCCAUUGGCACAGAGAUUGACGUGAUUCAGGCCCAGAGUGAGCAGCCAGUUGUGUACAGCCUUGCCAGAGGGAACACCCCUGAAAGCAACGAGGAUGAGGUGUUUGUUGUGGACAGAGACAGCGGGGCCUUAAAGCUCCAGAAGAGUCUCGACCAUGAGAUGACCAAGUGGUACCAACUGACAUUGCUUUGCCAAACCAAGCAGGAAAACUUUGAUGUUGUGGCUUCAGUCAAUGUUAACAUCCAAGUCAAAGAUCUAAACGACAACAAACCUGUUUUUGAAUCAGACCCUUACGAGGCUGUCAUUGUGGAAAACCUCCCAAGCGGGACUCAAGUGAUUCAAGUCAAAGCCAACGACCAAGACUCUGGAACCAACGGCCAUGUUGUGUACAGCCUGGACCCAAAGCAGAACUCACAGGAGAUCUCUGAGCUGUUUGCUGUCAACAGUGAAACCGGAUGGAUCACCACGUUGAAAGAGCUGGACCGGGAGAAAAUGAACAAAUACACAAUCGCAAUCCUCGCCACAGACCAAGGAGACAAAGUCCAACACAGCACUGGCACCAGAGUGGAGGUUAUAGUCGCAGAUGUGAACGACAACCCGCCGCGCUUCACUGCAGAGAUCUACAAAGGCACAGUCAGCGAAGAUGACCCUCCUCCCAGCGGGGUGAUCGCCAUCCUCAGCACCACAGACGAUGAUUCUGAGGACAUCAACAAACAAGUGAACUACUUCAUCACAGGUGGGCGUUUAUUAUUUUGCAGAACAGAUAAUUAGCGAGCCACGAGAGUUUACUCCCUGCUUCUUUGUGUAAGUUUUCAUAAACAGAGCUCAGAGGGGAUUAUCCGUUUAUGCCACUUAAUGUGAUGAUAAUAUCUCAUCUUUGAAACAUGACGCAGUCCUAUUAUCUGUUAGGAGUCUGAGUUAUCGCCUAAUCUUCUGAAGCUCAAGGCAAAUAUUUAGGUCAUCAAAAUACAGAAAUGAAUAAUUAUCUGAAUCAUGCUUUGAACUGAGCUGGGGAAAAAUACUUCCUCUGGUGCUGAUUUAAAUGUGUGAAUAACUAAGCCGAGUCUGAAAACAUCAAGAGGAGUUAAAAUCCAGCAAAUGUGAAAUUCUUGUAGGUUUUGUGUCUGUUUUAAUUUGCAGGACUGCUUGUCUGCAAAACAUGUUGGACUAAGAUGCUUUGAUUUACAGACAUAUUAAAUAAAGAGAUAUUUUAGUGAUGUAUUGGAGAAUGUGUAAAAUUAGGGCAGUGGUAAAAUUCAGUGCCUCUCUUGUUGAUUAUUUUAAAGAGGUUUAUUUCUCUCUGACACUGAGCAGGAGGGGACCCACUCGGCCAGUUUGCCAUUGAGCACAUCCAGAAUGAGUGGAAGGUCUCUGUCAGGAAGCCCUUGGACCGUGAAGAGAAGGACAAUUAUCUACUUAACAUUACUGCCAGUGAUGGCAUCUUCACCGCCAAAGCCGUCGUGGAGGUCAAGGUACUGGACGCGAAUGACAACAGCCCCGUGUGUGAGAAGGUAAAGGAAUCUUUCCCUCGACUUUGCUGUGCCUUCAGUGUUUCAUUUCAGCUUUUUUGUGCCGUUUUCUUCCCCGUUUCAAACUUUAAUUUCCUUCUCUUCUCCAUUUUUUUUCACACUUCAUCUGUCCCACAGUCCUUAUACAGCGAGAACGUCCCAGAGGACUCCCCAGCCGGCAGGCUCAUCUUGCAGGUCUCCGCCACAGAUGCUGACAUCCGCUCAAACGCCCAGAUCUCUUUUGAGCUCCAGGGAGUUGGAUCUGAAUUGUUCAGCAUUGACUCUGUUACAGGUGUGUAUGUGUGCGUUUACAGGUAAUGAAUAGAUAUGUGUCAGAAAAGUGCUGCAAGUACCAACAGUGUAAGUGAAUCCAUUAUAUUGUUUCAUGAUUUAUAUCUUUGUAUUUCUUUCAGUCCUGAAAACUCUACAGAUCCACAAUCAGGGGUGGGAAGUAUCAGUUUAUAAAAAGUCAUCAUACAGUUACUUAGUAGCUUUUCUGUGUACUUUUUAAGGAAUUUCCAAAAUCAGCCUUUUUAUUUCUGCAUUACUGUGGCACACAUUUUACUUCUUUACAUUUUAAACUGCAUUUACUGCUGAAUGAAAAAAAACGAAGGGGAGAGGCCAGAAGUGUUCACGCCUGGCAUCAUUUGUGUCACUGCAGGCUUGUGGGCUGAUAAAUGUUAGUUCACCUUACCAAAAGGAAAUAGCUAACAUUUAGCAGAGAAGAUCAUGCAUGCUCGUGUUGAAAUCACAGCAAGAAAUAAUCUUGCAAAGUUAGAAACCCUAACCCUAACCCUAACCUACAGGUUUGCCCCACCAGAGUCACUAACUUAUCAGUGCAACCUUUUCCUAAAAGAGCCUGCACCUCUGUCCAACCAUAGUAAGAUAGAUAAUGAGAAACAGCUUGAUUUUUAUUAGUGUGAGACUUCCUCCUCGCUGGACUGUUAACAGUCAAGACUUAACGCUAUGACUUGUUGAAGGGGGGCCUCGUCUAAAAGUGCCAAACCACCCGUGAAAAACAGUGCAACAAAAUGAUUCAAUAACUUCAAAUCGGAUGGGUUAAGAAAAUGGCUUCACACACUGAUGCUCUAAUAUUGGUUAUACCUCAUUUGUUAGCUAAGGGAGACAUGCUUUUACAUAAAUACAUGAAUUUUGUUUUUCUCUAUUUAAGGUAAACUUGAAGUACCUCCAGCUCUCACUUCACUAUAAUCUCAGACUUGUGGUUUCACUUGAAUACAGUAACUGUACCUUUAUUUAUUAUUGAAAAGACAUUUCACUCUUUCCAUUCAUGCUCACAGCUGACAUUGAGUUGAAUUGCAUUCUAGCUGUGGUACGGGUUAUCUAAAGAGUCUGGAAACAGCAUGUAAAAGAAUCUAAUAAAAGACUAUUUUCACUCUUCACUUCUAACCACAAAGCUCAGCAUGACAGCAGUCUUUUGGCUGCACUUGAAAGAUUUAGCAUUAUUAUCCCCCCUGCAUUGUUGAGGUUUUUUUCCAUGAUUAUUUGUGCUUCUGAAGGUGUGUGAAUCAUUAUCAGCAGCAGAGGUGGCGCGCAUGUUUUCUUCUGCUCGGUUGUUAUUUACUUAUUAAAUUUUAAAAGCCCCAACAACAUUUCCCUGCAGGGCAACCGGGAGACUCACAGCAGCACUAAAAUACAGAGUUGUGCACUGAAAUUGAAUUUAUGACGGUUAUACUUCUUGCCUGCAAAUAAUGUCUCGCCUCUUACUCAUAUGUUCCAUCUGGCCCCGAGGGUGAGGUGAAAAAAGAAAGGAGAAAUAAAAGUAGCCUGUUAAUUACCACCAAACUGAUUAGAAAAUACAUGCUCAGCCUGAAGAUUUAAACAGCUCGACAACGCAGCUGCCAAACUUCUGCAGAGAUUUACUCACACAACAGCGGACGUGAGGCCACAAUGUCACAGAGCUCUCUUUCUGGCAACUCUUGAUGUUUGAUUUCAAGCAGCAGCGCUACUGUUACGAAGAGGGUAUGUUAUAGACUUUUUACAGUGUAGACAAGUUGUAUUAUUGCAGAUGAGGACCGCCAACAGACUCCGGAGUUUUCCAGAGAGAUUGUGGUAAUGUUGGCUGCCUUACAUUUCAGGACUCUUCCAAGCUGCUCUCAGCUUGCCAACCCUGAUGGUUUCCUUCAUCAGCCUACUCUCUUCUCCCAUUUUCUCUUCUCUCUUCUAGUACUUCAAUUACUUAUUUAUUCACCUCCUAUCUCUCUCUCGCUCUCUCUCUAAAGCCAUUAGUUGUUCGGAUGUUUUAUGCUUGGUUAGUGGACAGUAGAGAAGGAGCUUCGAGUGCCAAAGAGCAUGCAUGCUUUUUCUUUUAAACUUAAUCUCUGACUAAAUUGCCUCCACAGAUUUUGUAGCUGUGUGUAAAUUGAACCGUUUAAUGAUAUUCAACUCCUAAACUGCAUCCUCUCUGUUCUUACGUAUGUUUUCCUGCGUAUUUUGCUCAAAAUUGUUCUUCCACGUCUUUAGGGGAGUUGAAGACCUUACAGCCUUUGGACCGAGAGGAGCAAAGCCAGCACAGGUUCAAAGUUCGAGCAGUGGACGGAGGCGGCCGGUACUGCGAAGCCGACAUCCACAUCACUGUGGAAGAUGUCAACGACAACCCGCCGCAGUUCUCAUCCGACCCCUACACCAUCACUGUGUUUGAGAACACAGAGACGGGCACUUUUGUGGCAAAACUUCAGGCAAAUGAUGUUGAUACGGGUGAGUCCUGAAGCACUCUUAACAGUUGUUAACUAAGAGAGAAAAAGGCUGGAGUCCUAAAGCUUUUAAUGCCCGGUUAGAAAAAGUAAGGCAGUAUAGUAGUUUAGAGUCUAGUUUGUUUAAUAACAGCAAAUGUGAGAUUUCCAUUUGCAUAUAAAAGCCUAAAGAGGAAAAAAACAUCUUUGUGUCAAUGUGGUUAGAUUCUUAGAUUUGUCUUUGCUCUCUAUUCCAGCUGAGUAUGUGAAUAUGUAUCCACCUGAUGAUGCUACCAAAAUAGCAACACUACUUUCAACAUUGUUAAAGCAUAAAAAUGUUAAAGCAGAGAUGCUGCAAUAUUGUCAAUUAUUUUAAAGCUGCGAUUUAAGUGAUGCCUUUCCAUGAUAAACAAAAGCAAACCAGACAAUUAGAUAAUGAAAGUUGUGUAAGGGGGGUAGGUGUAGAUGGAAACAGCCCUGUUUUUACAUUUUCCUCAUAAUAUACUCACAAUAAACUAACCAUCAAAAAUCAGCAGAAUGAGGUUUCUUCGUCAAAAGACACUAGAGCAUUUGAAGGACAAGACAAGCAAAGACUGUUCUGUCCGCAGGGUUCCUCACAGGAGCUUUAGAAAAAAUAAAAAUCAUGGAAAUACUUAUUUUUAUAUCCAUAAUUAGACAGGGUCAGUGAAAGAAAAUUGACAAAAUUAACUGAUUUGAACAGCUGUCUUGGUCCAGUUUAAUCGAAUGCAUAAACUAAGCUCCCUUAACAAAUUCUAUAUCAAUAUCUAUGUAUAUAUACAGUAUAAGGCAAACUCACUAAUAAAGUCAAAGUGACUUCAUCAGAGGUUAAUGGUGAGCAGCAGGAUUUAAUGAUACAGCUCACAUAAAGUCAUGCAUUAAAUAACCAUGGCGUUAAUGUAGUAUGAAACAGGUCUUUUUGAUGUAAGGUGGAGCUUAUUUUGCUGCUGGAUGUGCAAACGUAUCAGCUGUUGUUAUCUGCUUGUUAGGCUAACACCAGUUAAUGAGUUAAUGAGAAGCACCAAGUCCAGCUGAGUAUUCAGUGUCUCCAGCUGGAAAGCCUGUAAAACACCCAUGCAAAAAUUAGCCCUGGGCAAGAAAAGAGCAGCAUCCUGAAUUUGGUUUUGAUAAACUACCUAAAAUGUCUAAACACACUGUAAUUAAAAAAAAAAAUAUUGGUCUAUCAAGUAACCAAAUACAUGCCUGUGUUUGAAAAAGUCAACAAGUACUUGUGCUGUGAGUGAGUAAUGAUUUAGAUUGUGUUAGAUAAAUAUCUGAGAGCCCCUACGAGGCAAAACAAAGCAUUAGUGCAGCACUUGACUAACAAGUGCCAAUACAUUAUGCUCCAAACACAGUUAAUGGCAGAAAUGCUUUCCUUAAGGUCACAUAAAGACAGGCGAGUGUGAUUCGAGAAUAAACCUUUAAUGGAGUUUUAAUCAAGGCGGCGUUCGGAAAACAUACACAUCUCUGCUAAACACUGAAUCACAAUUCAGAGGUUAUUAUCUCUCCUUUCUCAAGCUGCAUUACGCUAAAUGGCAAGAGGGAGGGAUAACAAAUGUGGAAUUUCAUGAAUGAUCAACCCUUCAAAUUAAAAGCUCCAUUACACUCUAAUGAAAUUCUUCUCUCUUCUUGCCGAAUUCUCUAAAGGGCUGAUUGCAAUUUUCUAUUUGCCUGGUGCAAAGCCACAAGGCCAUAUUAUUUAUCUCAGGGGUCUUCAUCUUCAAGCAGUCAUUCCCAAACACAGAGAGGUUCACGCGUGGAUAAGACUGAGAACUAAAACCGCCCUGUUAAACAGCCGUUUAAGCGCCUUGGGACUUUAUCCCGGAAGCUAUUGGCCCUGCCGCUCCAGAUUACACGUUUCGUUUAUUGGAGCAGGACAUUCUGGCUUACGGAAACAUUUCAGCCUGUUCACUCUUUUUUUUUAUAUUCCCCGUUUUCAGGUCCUUGUUUUGGGGCGGACUGACAGCUUGACAGAAUAAAAGCGAAGCUCAAAUUGGGCCCUUCAGAGUAAAACGUUAAAUGCUAAAAGGAAGGCGCUGGUAUUAAGACAUUUUUUCUGCCCUUAGGCCUUUUCUGGUACAAAAUAUGCUACAGUUCUUGACUAUCAAGGAUAAGGAGAGGAGACUUGAAGGAGAGGUGUGGGGAAAAAGGUGCUCCCUGCUGUUUUGCAAUAAUCAUUUGGAGUUGCAGCGAGUGAAAGCGGAGGGCGGUUUGAUUAGUAGUCCUCUCACAUGUGUGGGAAUGGCACACUUUGACUGAUCUCUCUAAUUUGUCCGUCUUGUAUUUGUUGUUUUUGGUGGAAAUAUCAAGCAGCGUUCAAAAAUAGCCAUUAUAGCUUUGACUCAGCUCACUCCAGUCCACCAAAGAUGUGACCCUCAUCUCAAACUGCUGCUUAGAGAAGUCUCCUGCUUUAUCUUCCAUUCAUAUUUCACUCAGGACCUGUUCUUGGCGCUGGCUGCUUCUGUGCCACGGCCUGUAUGAUCUGUCUCCCAUUUGGCUGGAAGAUGUUUGAUACUCACCCACAUUACAGCUUCUCUGUUCAGACUCUGAAAAGCAGCACUUAUCAGAGAGGAAUAGUUAUGAACCUAGACAGAAAAGCACACCCAAACUGCUGCCCUUGAUGCCUGAUAAACUUGAAGUUAUGCAAGCUCACAUUCCUUCUCUGGCUCUUUUUUGUUCGUCCAGCCUGAAUCGGAGUGUCUCCCUCUGCUCUCUCUCUUCUGCCUUGCUGCCGGUGUCAUUCUCUCUUUAUUCGAUUGCUUUGUGGAGGAAUUUAAUCAUUUUCUGCUUCUUCCACCCUGGUGCCGUGCCAGAUUCAUACAUGUUCUUGACAAUCUUUCUUCCAAUACUGUGGAGGAAGAUGUUCUUAAGCACCAGCUGUCCUCAGAAUGAAAUCUGUGUUUCUGGAGAGAUCAGUUCAUGGUUAGAAAGUUUGCUUUUAGCAAUCAUAGAGAGACUUACACGGGGGGACAAAAUUUGCUUUUAUACAGUCUUGCAAAUUAGGAUUAUUUUAAUUGAUUAUCAAAUAAUUAUUUAUAACCGUCAAAGUUAUAAGACAACAAAAUAAAAAAGGUCAGUUCAAAUCGAUGCUGAAAUAUCUCGUUUUAUUCAACCACAUGCCUAAAACUUUAUAGAUCAGGAUUACAAGUUUUUCAUCAAGCAAAGUGACUUGGAUUAAUAUGAAAACAGCUGCUGCACUCGUGUGCAAAUAAGGCUAAUUCUGACAGAUAAUCUUCCUGCUUUACCCCCAAACGCAUAUAAACAUGAUUAAUAUGCAGAGAAUUUGAUCACUAAUCAAGACCACUUAGUUGACAUUUGAUAAACAUGUCAGACUGACAUUAAAGCUCUUCUGAGGACUCUUUGAAACACUCUGAAAUCAAUACUAAAACCUCCGUCCUCUUCAACAGCAAACCAGUAACCAGGCUCAGUUAUUUCUGUUCGGUUGUUUUAUAUCCUGGUCAUCUCAGCUGCCUCAUCUAGCUGACAUGAUAGUGAGCAACUGCAGGAGUAAUCAAGCUUUAAAGCUCCUUUGGGGAACUUUUGGUUUAUGUCAGUUUUGGCACUCCCAUGUGGACAAAGCUAUCUUUGCUUGUCUUGUUCUCUACAGAAUAUUGUAUUAAACUGUCCCUUUAAGAAUUUAAAUUCAAUAAAUAAAAAAGAAAGACUUUAGGAAGUUACCUUUUUUUUUUUUUUUUUACAAAGGAGGGCUCCAAAUCCGUGCAACCCAAAAGUUCAACACUGGAGCUUUUAAGAAAGCUUUUGCUUAUUUUAGUAUUUUUGAUUGAUUUGUCUGCUGUUUAUUGGGCCUCAGAGACCAUUAUAAUCUAUUUUUUUUCUUGCUUUCAUAAUAAAAUCUUAAAUAUUUGAGCUCACAGCUUCGCUACAAAAAAAAGUUUAAAAGUCUCAGGUAUCUGAUUUUUUUUUCAGCUGCCAUUCAAUAACUUCAGAACACUCAGGCUAAAAAUCACUAAUGACGGAAAAAUAAAACUACCCACUUAUUUUCUGUCCAUCAGUUGAUACUCCAGCUCUUCCAAGAACUGAAACAAACUUACACUUUCAAACUAACCUGUAUGAGUUAGGGAUUCACCAGUCUGAUAUUUUGAUUGGAUAUCGUCUCCGAUAUUGACAAGUUAACUGGAUCCAAUAUCUGAUGAAUGACGCCGAUCCAGCGUUCCCAUCCAGUCUUUUAUUUUCUUUAAAUUCAUUUUUCUUUUAGUACACGGAAGUCUUACUUCUUUUUGCUGUGUGCUAAUGUGCAAUUUGUUAAUAGAUAAUAUUAAGUAAAUUUAUAUCCUUAUUAAUUUAUUACCUUUUUUUAACAAGACUAAUGUCAAGCCUGAUACCUUCAUUCACAGGGCAAGAUAUACAGUUCAUUCAUUCAACAGUAAUAUGGGAUCGGUAUCAGAUAUUGGCCAAUACGCUCAGCCCAGGUAUUGGUAUCAGAUUGGAUCAUAAAAAAAUGGAUUGGUGCAUCUUGAGUAUGAGUCAAAACAGCCAAUCCAGUUUCAGCACAAUUCACUUAACCACCAUUAAGCAAUCACCUCAAGGAUGAUGGGAUCCGAUGAAAGUGAUGGGGAUGGAAUGAGCCGGCUUCCCUGUGGUAGAGUCUGUUCAGCGGGAUAAUAGGAUCCACAGAGGACAGGGGCACUUACCUGAUAAAUGGGAAUAUGAUAGCGUAUUUCAAAUGGUGGCCACCUGCAGAAAGGCGUUAUGAUUAUUAUUGUGAUCCGUCUCUGUCUUGUUGCUUGGAGCGUCUUGCUAGUGGGAGGACAUGAGUUAUGAGGAUGGCAGGGAUUAGACGGUUACAGCACCUGUUUAUCAGCGGCUCGGUGAAAGAUGGAUGUUUUGGAACGAGAAUGGAAGGUGACACUUUUAAUCAUUCAAGAAUCAAUAAGUCAAUAGAAGAAUCAAUACGCUUGUUCACGCCCUGUGCUUAACGGAGUGUUUCUCUUGAUGGGGCGAUCAAUCUUCGUGAUGAGCACACAUUUCAUUUGGAUGUGUGUCUGAAAUCAACAGACAUCAACAGACAAUCUUAGGUUGAGAGUUGUAAAGACGAGAUCCUUGUUUGGGAGACAGCCCUGAUUUCCCCUCUCUCCUUCAUUCCAGGUGUGAACAGCAACAUCCUCUACUCAUUGGUCGAUUCUGCGGAUGGAUUUUUCUCCAUUGAUGAGCACACCGGUGUAAUGAGCCUGGAGCGUCCCCUGGACCGCGAGGUGCAGUCCACAUACGAGCUGAAGGCUCGUGCCAGUGACCAGGGCUCUCCACGCCUCUCCACGCUGUGCCAGGUGGUGAUCUCCGUCCUGGACAUCAACGACAACCCACCGGUGUUUGAGCACAGAGAGUAUACAACCACAGUGUCUGAGGACGUGGCAGUGGGCACUCAGCUGCUCAGAGUGCAGGCAGCCAGCCGGGACACAGAGGCCGGCGGAGAGAUCUCUUACAGCAUCAUCAGUGGGAACGAGCACGGCAUGUUCAGCGUGGACCCUCGCACUGGUAAGUAGUUUCCUAACGGCUCUUACUGUGCUGAAAUUUGGGACUACUUCUACUGUAAUCAUAUUUGUUAGGUAAUUAGAAAAACAACAAAAAACUUCACCAGAUAAAAUGUACUUUUCUUUUACUCAAACCAGAGUUUGUAGAGUUUGGUGCAUUUUCACCCAUCAGCUCAAUUUGUUACAGCUAACCCUCCUCUUACUUUCAUUUCCACAGCCAAGUAUACUGUCUGGCGCUUCACACAUGAAGCAUGUUGGCUGUGCGACAGCUCCAGAAUAGCUCCAUUUUCAUGUCGGAGUGUUUGUCCAAAAAUCAGGCUGUACAGACCGCUGUUGUGAGCAGUGAGUCUCGCACAUCCAAAAUCUAAAAAAUAAGGCUUGCCUAUUUUUUUUGUAUGAGCCACAGUCGGCUCUCGGCCAAAAGAGACAGAGAAUUGAUAAGUUAAGGGCGGUAUGGGCUCUGCAUCAGCUAUAUUUAUGUCAAGGCAUUAAAGAUAUAGCACACAAGCACUUUGAAAAUACUUUCAAAGCAUUAAAUUUUUCAUUGGAGAGACUACCCGGGAAGAAAGAACUUGUUUAGCACUUUCUUCAAGACUUGAAUUAUACUGGGCUUUGCUGCAGACGUAGGGAGAUGACAUAUAUAUGCCUGAGGAAAUGUUCAACUCUUAUUCUAGCAAUUGUAACAGAAUACUGUCAAAUCAUUAUUGGUAACUGUUCAGUUUGAUUAGUUUAGUCAAAUUUGAUUUCUUUAUUUAUGUAUUCAGUCAUUUAGUUUUCUAAUCCUCUGGGAAAGAGAUAACACACAUGCUUUUCUUGAACAAAAGAAUUCAACAGCGAUAUCUUUGAAUGUGGAGUUCAGCGUCCUCAGACUCAUCGCCCAUACCAUCUUACAUUUGUUGAGUCUACACACUCUGCAUUCCUGUCUUUACCGUAUCACAGCAUCACGUUAAGUAACUAUUCUGACAAACAACAACAAGAAUGCACUUAUCAUCAAGCUGCCCCAGACUUACCGCGUGUAGAGACAUUUUUUUGUUUGAAAAGCUCUCCACUAAUUCGUCUUCACUGAAUUGCGCUGAAAUUUUAAGAAACGUCCCACUGUUUUGACUCGGCGGGGAUUAGUUAUCAGCUUCAACACAACACCAAAGGAAAUAAACAGGGAACUGUUCUGUUGUCUGGCUGCAAGCGAGUGAAAACAGCUGAGCUGAGCAGAAGGUCUAAAUUUCAAAUGAGUGUAAAUGAUGGAUGACGGCUUGACUUCUGCUCCGUGGUGCAUGUCAGACAAAAAGGUUUGCAUGUGGAGUUCAAACCUGUUUAAGAAGUCAUGAUAGAAAAGGACGAAAGCGCUAGAUUUUAUAUGUCGGUUAACACUGAUGUGUCAAUUCUCUGAGUAUCCUUUCCCCCUCUGUCUUUCCUUUUUUUCUGUAGGUGACAUCUUCGUGAUUGAGCCGUUGGACUACGAGGUGUCCCAUGAAUACUACAUCACCAUCGAGGCUACAGAUGGUGGCUCGCCGCCGCUCAGCGAUAUGGCCACUGUGAACAUCAACCUGACUGACACUAAUGACAACAAACCUGUCUUCAGCCAGGACGUCUACACAGCCGUCGUCAGCGAGGACGCCGAGCUGGGAAAGAUCGUGAUGACGGUAAGAAGACACACCAAUGGACACGUUUUCAUUGAGAGGUUGUUGGAAAAAGACGACAUAAUGAAUCUAAAAGUGCCUGCAGAGUGAAAAACCGCUCCUCCGCUCUUUUAGGUUUCCUUUAGUCUGCUCACCUUCUCCCUCAGCCCCUCAUUUCCUCCCUUGCUGCCUCUCUCCUCUCUGCCCAUUACUCACUGCUUACACUAUCACAUAUCAGCACCUGUGGCAAAUCACCAUCUGGUGGCACAGCUAAAUUAGCACCAAUGCUCUUCAUGCUCACUGGCUCUCUGUUCUCGAGCAUUGUCUGACACGCAUAUUCAAGCAGCUUUAACUUAAAGGCCUUUGACUCAUUAAGCACCUCGCCACGAUCAGCCUUUCUCUACCUUCUGCAUGUCAAAAUUUCACCCAAACUAUUUCGGUAUGCCCUCCCUGCUCCCUUCUUCUCAUAAAAGACCUCUGCUUAUGGCCGUUAAUCUGUGUCUAAUGUACCUGAAUAUAAAUUAUACAUCGGGAAAUUUGAUUUUAAUACCUGUCAUUGUCUCCUACUUGUAAAUCUUCUCUGUCUGAUGAUUUCCCAGAGGAUGCCUUUCAAUAUGUGAUGGUUGGGGGGUUUUAGGACUCUGUCUGUGUGUGUGUGUGUGUGUGUGUGUGAGUGUGAGUGUGAGUGUGGAGGACGGGAGAAAAGGUUUUAUGCAUAAAAGAACUUGCAAAUGGGCCCAAGCUAGCCAUGAUUUCAAUUGCAGAGUGCUCUGCAAGUAACUUCCAGAGUACCGUAUUUUCCGGACUAUAAGUCGUACUUUUUUCAUAGUUUGGAUGGAUUUGCGACUUAUACUCAGGAGCGAUUUAUAUAUAUUAAAAGUUUAUAAUUUCACAUAUUUGUUAUUAUCACACUAACAGCCGCUAGAGGGCGCUCUGUUCAGAAGUGACACUUAGGAUGAAGAAUUUGUUGGAUUUAGUGAUUUGGAGUGAGAUGGAGAGUUUGGUAAACUCGUUUUGUCAUGUUCUUUAUAUACUAUAGUUAUCAGAAUAACUGUUAAUCUGUUACGUUUGCGUACCAGACAUGCAUUGAGUUUGUUGUUUAUGCUUCAUGUAGCUGAAUAACCACCAACAUGCUACGUUAGCAUACCGUACACCUAUCCAGCCUGUUCUCUAUUCUGUUAUUAUUAUUAUAACCUGCUUUUUAAGAUGAAAUAACUAUUCAUGGUCUUGUAUUUUGUGAAAUAAAUACUCCCCCAAAGAUGUGACUAUACAAGUAUAUGUUUAUUCUUCUUCAUUAUGCAUUUUUUGGCUUUUUUUUUUACUUAUACUUCGGUGCGAUUUAUAGUCCGGAAAUUGCGGUAUCUAUAUUUUUCUGUCUCAGAAAUGUCAGAAAUAACUAAAAAAAAGUCUCGUCUCCUUGAUUUAAUUGUCUGAUUGAUUCAUAGGUGAUGGCUGAGGAUUUAGACGGACCCUCUUACAGUCACGUGCGGUACUCCAUCGUGGACGGCAACCAGGGCAGCCCGUUCACCAUCGAUCCAGUCAGAGGAGAGCUGAAAGUUGCUCGCCAGCUGGACAGAGAGCGAGUAAGACAAACAGCAGAUACAACGCUGACUGUACACAGAGUUGAAACCACAGAGGAACUAAUUGCACUCUAUGCAGAAUCCAAUCAGAGUCAUGUCAGGCCUAAUAGGGAAGCUUGUUUACUGAUCUCGGCCGCUUUAUUGCUUACAAAAGCAGCUUUGCUUGUAUGCUAAUUCUCCCCCCUCUGUGUCUCAGACUUCUGGGUACACUCUGAUGGUGGUCGCCUCAGACAACGGGGUGCCCUCGCUUUCCAGCAGCAGCAAGAUCAACAUCGACAUCUCGGACGUCAAUGAUAACCCCCCGCUCUUCUCCCAGGCUAACUACAGCCUCAUCAUCCAGGUGAGAGAGUGGGGAAAAUGGGGUCAGCGUGGAAGGGUGGAAGGCUGGUUAGAGGCGGAGCAGGAAAGAACAAGGAGAAAGAGAGGCAGAGAGGUACCGGGGGUUGCAGUGGACACAGAGAGGGGGAUUAACAGGGAGAAAUAAUGGGAGACUAGUGUGCGACUAGAAUGUCAAGAAGCGGGGAGGAGGAAGGAUAGAGGUAAGGACAGGGGAGGAAGGAGGAGGUGGUGAGGAAAUGGGAAGACAGAGGCUGCAUCUUAAGUAUGAGAAUGCAGACAAGGGAUGAAAGUGGGAAUGUAAAGAUCGUAAGCUGAUAGAGGAUGAGGGAAUUUGGAAAAACAGACAGAUAAAGAAGACACACCUGAAUCGCGGUUUGGUAGAUCAAAAGAAGGGAAAAAAAUACUGGUUUUAAAAGUAGGAGGGCAAAUGAUUCAUUUCCAAUUUUCCUGUCCGUUUAGAAAACUAAAACAGCAAUUUAAGAGAGGCUGUGAGGAGGCACGGUACACAUUUCAGACAGCACUAGCACUUCAGGAUAAAACGUUGUUUUGACUUUGUAAAAAUCCUGACUGGCUUUAUUUCACUGGCUGUGGAGCCUUGAUCAAAGUGAAGCACAAAAUCACACUAAAGCAGAACAAGACGGGAACACGGCGCGCAUAUUGUACACAACAGCAGGAAUAUCCAAAGGUCGUUUUUCAGUGCCGGAUAAUUAAAGUGAGUUUGGAGUCAGGACCUUAAGAGUCAACAGAAAGGACAGAUCUGAAGCCGCUUCAGGGACACGCAAAAAAAAAAAAAGAAAAAACACAAAGCUUUUACUGUGAAACUGACAUGCUGCUUUGACUGGAGCUCAUCUCAUCUCUGCAACUCAAAGUCACAACGUCCAGGACCAGCUGCUGGACAAGGUCAACUUACAGACACCAGCACAAGAAUCAUAACAAGAGACGAUAAAACCAUGAUCAGAACUAAACACGAAUCUCUUCAGCAGAAAUAAUUGGAGGUUUUAUCUUCAUAGUAGUGUACAAAGUGACAGGAUGUUAUGUUAGAGGUGUCAAAAAACUUGCUUUUCUCAGAAUUUUGGAUUAAAAGUCAGAAUACUGUUGCUGUCUUCAAAAUGUGUCCAGAAGUUAAAAUUUGUUCGUUUUUAGCUGAAAAAAAUGGACAUGAGGUUCCAAUUCAGCCAAACUCUGUGAGUGCAGGUCUCACGUCGAAGAGGUGAAUCAUUGUCAAACUUGAUGCAGCUCAAGAGUUUGAGGAGAACUUCCUCCUCUCACCACAAAUAUUAAACAUUACCCUCUUCUCUAUCCCACAGGAGAAUCAACCGAAAGGCGCAAGUGUUCUCCAGCUCGCCGUGACCGAUCGCGACGCAUCCCACAACGGCCCACCUUUCACCUUUAGCAUUGUGGACGGGAACGAGGGCGAUGCUUUCCACAUCAAUCAGCAGGGAGCUCUAGUGGCCAUGGGGGCGCUGAAUAGGAAAAGUAAAGAACACUACCUACUCCAAGCACAGGUGAGUCACUGCGCCGGAGAGAAAGCAGAGUUGAGAGGUUGUAUUGAUUUAACCGUCAGGCCGCAGCAACCCGAUCUAUUUGUCUUCCCUCUUUUCCCUCCUUCUACCUUUUCUCUGUCACGCUCUCUCAUUGCUUUCCUCACCCAGCUAGUAAAUGUUGAUCCAUCCACCUCUUAAAAUACAUUCUGGGUAAAGCUUUUACCUCGUUUGAAACUCCACGUGAGACGUUGAAUCGGAGCAGGCACAAAAUGAAGCUGCUGCAGCAGAGUGCAGCUCACAGGAGAACCCAUAAAUCAAAAAGGUUUGCUUUGAGUUGGCGUGAUCACGUGUGUUGAUGUGUCACCUUAGAGGAGAGAACAGAGGGAAAAAAAAACAAGUGGGCAGAUGGGACAUGAAAUGUGGGUGUGAUGUCUUCCCUACAUACAAGAUGCGCACUCAGAUUUGAGUCUGUUAUUUUUUUCUCUUGCUGAGCGUAUGACCAUCCGUGAGAGAGUGUGAAUGUUGAAAAGUCUGAUUUAGACAUAUCCAGUUUGUUUAAAUAUCCACUUCACUUACAGUGCACGGUGGAUGGGAGCACAGAAAGAGUGUGAUUGCCCUCUGCUGUUGGGAAAAUAAAGCUUGCAGAUGAGGACAUAGACUGUAAGAGUGCAGCUCUCUCUAAUUCAGUGGUUCUCAAACUUUUUUUUCCCCAAGGCACACCAAAGGACAAGUAAAAAUCUCAAGGCACACCUAUUGUGCAAAAUAGCCUUUAUGCCACGUGUUAUCACUCAUAUCAUGGAAAAUAUAUAUAUAAAUGUGUAUAAUUAUAUAAAUUAAAUGCAACAAAGACUAUAUUACUCAAAAUAGUGUUUUAUUAAUGAAAUAUUUCAAAAAUCAAUUUUAAACUUCAUCAAAUUAGGCUUCAUCAAAGGAAUAACUCACAGAUUUAAACAAGACAGGUCACAAAUAAAAAAUGAGGCAAAGGAAACUCAGCAGAGAAAAAAUGUUUUCAUUCCUGCUCCGAAGCUUGGCAUUUAACUCCUUAACACGCCCAAAUAUGUCCGCAAGAUAAGCCAGCCUGGCGCAGCAGCUCUCAUCCGCGAGCUUGUCCUUAUGUGGAACAGCGUGUUCACGUGAACUUUCCAAAAGCUCAUAAAGACAGGAUAGGACUUUCCCCCCCGUGACAGGCAACAUACCUCUGUGUGUGGAGGAUCUGUGGUGGGUUGUCAGCGGUCUCAGCACUGGUGGUUUGUGGUUUGCUCCACACAUGGAGAGAGCGCUACAUUUUUCCCUCUCGUGCGUUUCUAUUUUUUAAUGUUUUAUAAUUCCCGCCUGCGCAACUGUGCAAACAGCGAAAUAUGUGGUUCUCGUUCAGGAUGGUUUAUAAGAAUUGUUUUAAGGUAUGGCGUUUGCCUCUGUAUUAAUCUGUAUUAAUUACCUCAUUACCUCUGAAUUCAUAUUGUUUCAUCAUUACUUGCUCUGCAACCACAACUCUGCAUGAGCUGUUGUUGUUGUUGCUGUUGUUGUUUUAAUGUUGCUGCCGUCCCCUGUCUCUCUCUCUCUCUCACCCUCGUUCUCUAUUCUCUCUCCCUUACUCAUUCUCUCUCUCCUUCCUUCUCCCUUGGUCUCUUUCUCUCCCCCUGCCCUCUCUCCUACUCCUCUCUCUCCCUCUCUGUAUUUCUCCCCAACCCAGCAGUGGCUUGGUGGCUGUCUAACAUGAGUCUGGUCUUUCCCAAGGUUUCUGCCUGUUAAAAGGAAGUGUUUUCUUGCUACUUUCACUCAUGUUAGAUAAGAUUGGCCAAAUCCCAUUUUAGGUUGGGUCUUGAUAAUUCAUCGAACAACGAGCGUAGUCUAGACCUGCUCUUUUUCUUUGGAAAGUGUUUUGAGGUAACGACUGUGGUGAAUUGGCGCUAUAUAAAUAAAACUUGAUUUGAUUUGAUUAUUAUGAAAUGAGUGCAUACAGAGUGCUGAUAUUUUGAAUAAAAAAAAAAAAAAAAUUGUGUAGUUGUACAUUGCAAUAAUAAUGUAGGCCUAUGGUUAUCACAAAAUCCCACGGUACACCCGGACUUGCCUCACGACACACCGUUUGGACUCUAAUGCAUGCUUCUCUUUGUUCUCCUCCAUGUUCAGGUGUCAGACAGCGGUAAACCACAGCUCGUCUCCACCGCUUUCAUCAGCGUUCGCAUCAUUGAGGAGAGCGUCUACCCUCCUGCGAUCCUUCCUCUGGAUAUCUUUGUCACCACAGCUGGGGAUGAAUACCUCGGAGGAGUCCUGGGCAAGAUCCACGCCACCGACCAGGACAUCUACGACACCCUCACCUACAGCCUCGCCCCUUCUUCUUCUCCACCCUCAGACGAGAGCAUCGCCUUGUUUUCAGUCUCCUCCUCUGAUGGUAAAGUCAUCGCCCUGCGCCCGCUCGACGUGGGACACUACCCCCUCAAUGUGACCGUGACAGACGGACGCUUCACCACGGCUGCCGACGUCACCGUGCACGUUAGACAGGCGGCUCGCCAGGCUCUGGAUAACUCCAUCGCGGUGCGCUUCGCAAACAUCGCCCCUGAGGAGUUCAUCGGGGACUACUGGCGGAACUUCCAGAGAGCGCUGAGGAACAUCGCUGGAGUCAGGAGGAGUGAGGUUCAGUUAGUGAGUCUGCAGCCUUCAGAGCAGGGAGAUCUGGAUGUGCUGCUGACUCUGGAGCGAUCAGGCAGCCCGUACCAAUCUCAGGAGGUAAACGCAACUAUUGGACAUGGUUGUUUGAUGCUGAGAGUACACAUGAUUAUGUGGUCUGUGCUGCACAAAAAUAUCAUCAACAUGAUCAUUAUAACAUCUUAAUUCAUCUAAAUUUUGUGUGACACUUUCUGAGCCCAAAAUGAAACAGACAAUUUUUCUAUUUUAUCAGACUGAUGUUGAAAAUCUUUAAAACAUGAGCAAAAAAGUUAUACGUCCUCCCUAAGAGAGUAACAGUCAUGAUUAUAAGUGAUAAAUGUGCAGACAGACAAAUAGAUCAGUGUCAAAAUGUCAGAAAAAAAGUGACAAAUUGCCUCCCAAAAAGCUCUCCUAAAUGUCAUCUCCAUAUUGUUUUUGUCCCACCAAUGCUCCAAAUAUUCAAUAUACAACAAAUAAACAGUAGCCCUGACAUUUAGAAAACACAGCCUGUGAAUUGGAGUGCAACUUACCUCAGUUUGGACGUACCAAACCGAGGUAAACUGGAGCACUGACCAAAAAACAAACAAAAGACAGAAAAAGGCGAAAAUGACCCGUUCUUUGGUUUUUACCAGACGCCAAAGAGGAAGUAGUAUUUUGAAGGGCUUAAAAUACUUGUACAGUCACCAAAUAUGGUUCACAGGAGCCCAGUGGAGCGAUGACAGAUAUGAUACAUGUAUAGCUCUCAAAGUCAUUCACUCUAACCAUUUAAACUACAUGUAUGUGCUUCACUCAGCGUCUGCAUCUUGGCCAGAGCAGAUUCUGACAUUGAACAAACUCAGACAUGCGCAGCGAUGCCAGGGCCCACUCAAUUCUACCUGCCGCUGUAACUUCUCUUGGUGUUAUUUCAGGUCGUCUUCCGAAAACUAAACUCCUCUGCCGCCGUCAUCGAGGAGAUGACAGGAGUCCGGAUCGUGCGUGUGGUGCAGAAGCUCUGCGCCGGGCUGGACUGCCCGCUGCGUUUCUGCGACGAAGUCAUCACCCUGGAAAAGACAGCCAUGUCCACUCACAGCACGGCUCGCCUCAGCUUUGUUACACCACGACACCUAAGGACAGCAAGCUGUCAGUGUGAAGGUAGAUAGACCCCUCGCCAAAGCACAUUCCCACUGUUACUUUCUGUUAGAAAUACUAAGAGGUAGUGUGUGUGUGUGUGUGUUUAGGUGGCAGAUGUCCCGUGUUGAACAACCUGUGUGAGAGCAGCCCCUGUCCUGAGGGCAUGGAGUGUGUGCCAGAUCCCAAAGAUCCUGUUUACAGUUGUGUUUGUCCAGAGGGCAAGAAGGGAAAAUGUUCUGGUAAGAUCGCCCACCUUUUUAGAAGCGUGUCCACACCUGGUUUUGUCCCUCCUUUUUGUUCACACGUCUUUCUCUUUGUUUCAGACGGACACUCACUGACGUUCAGCGGCAGCGGCUAUGUGAAAUACCACCUGAUGGAGAACGAGAACAAGGAGCUGAUGAAGCUUUCUCUGAGGAUGAGGACCUUCUCCAGUCAUGCUACCAUCAUGUAUGCUAAAGGAACAGACUACAGCAUCCUGGAGGUAUGUCUGUGCGCUCUCAAAUAGAUCUGCCCAGCCUUGUUUUCUCAGCAGUGACACUACAUUUAUUCCCUCCAGCUGCUUUGGAAGUGGAAUGAUAGCCUUGCUUAUCAUAAUUAAGUCUAGACUCGCUGUGCCUCUGCGUUACGACCCAGCAUUUUUAUAUCAGACAGCCCUAAUAAACACUCAACUGGCCCCCCCCUUUCCUCCCGUGGGACUUUGCCAACUUACUAUGCUGAAGAGUUCAAAAAGCCAUUUUAAAAUCCCCUUUCACAUGAAGCACUAUGGGAAUGUGGCGGUGGGUUGAAAAAACUCGCACACAAGAGCUAUUUCGGUGCUGGGAGGGAAACAGCGAGCACUUUUCCACACAUUCCUUUUCCAGUCUGUCUGCUGUGGCAGUCUGCAGAGUCAAACCUGUCUGGCUGAGAGGCGGUUAUUGUUUUCCAGGCUGCCAUGCGAGUGAGUUGUUUAAUAUCUGCAGACCGUCUCAAGGCGUGAGCAGAAGUUUUUGCAGUGUGGCUGUAAAAAAGAGUCAUUCCGUGCUUCUUUUGUCAGGAAAGCGUGUUGCUCUCUAUUAAGACGUAAUUAAGUUUUGGCAUGCUGAUGAAUUGUUACUCACUGUAUUCUCAGAGAAGGAGUGAUUUAUCACAGUGUCACACAUUGAUUUAUCACAGAGAGCUGAUGGUUUGAUAAAGACAUCCCCCCUGAGUUAUACUCCAUUAAAGUGGUGAUGAAGAGAGAAACAGUCGAGCAAAACUGAUGGGGAGAAAGUGUGAUAAAAGUCAAAUGUUGACCAUGUUUGGGGUUUUCAGAUCGUGAACGGACGUCUGCAGUACAAGUUCGACUGCGGCAGCGGCCCCGGAUUGGUGUCGGUCCACAGCGCUCAAGUCAACGACGGCGAGUGGCACACUGUCUCUCUAGAAGUGGACGGCAACUACGCUAAGCUGGUGCUGGACCGGGUGCACGCCGCCUCAGGCACAGCGCCCGGCACCCUGCGGACCCUCAACCUUGACAACAGCAUUUAUUUUGGCGGUCACGUACGACAGCACGCCCCCGCUCGCCACGGUCGCAGCCUGCCUGUCACAAACGGGCUGCGCGGCUGCAUAGAGGCCAUCACCCUGAACGGCCAGGAGCUGCCUCUCAACACCAAAGCGCAGCGGGCGUACGCCAUGCUGGAGGACAUCGUGGACGUGGCUCCCGGCUGCGCGCUGGCACCCGUUGAGAGCUGUUCCAGCAACCCCUGCACCAACGGAGGGAGCUGCACCUCGCUGGCUAAUGGAGGUACAUUAAGCUCGGCUCAGCUCAUUGCUCACACUCUGAAUCGACCUGGAGAAACUCGUGUGAAGUUCCAGUUUUUAGAUCUGCUCCUUUACUUUAGUAACUCCACAUUCAUUCAAGUUAGCGAGUUCUAAUUGGGCCCCAAAUUCUUACCUGAUUGUGAAUCAUAAAUCAAACUGAUUAUAGUCAAGUGAAGCAACUGUUACUUUCAACAGGCAUCUUUUAUCAAAGUUUGAUCAUUUGUGUGUAUAAUUUGCUGCAAGCGCUGUUUGCAACACACGGACUCGACACUUCUGCAUCUGUUUCAAAUUAAAAACCAGCCAGCAGUUCAGAGUGCAUAAUCCCUCUCUGUCCCUGGAGGGCUUUUGUUUUGUAAAACAUCUGCAGGACGUAUUAAGUUUCAGUAACAUCGGCGAAAGAGGAAACAGCGUAGCAAGCAUACUGAGGCUCUGUGGUACUACUCGAGUAGAUUUCAAUAAUGCAGAAUAUAAGAAGUGGGCCACUAAUGUGAAAGGUCAAGUUAUUUGGCUCUUUCUGCCCCUGACCUUUAUGAGUGGAUGACCUUUAGCUGCUGUCAGAGACAACAACAAGUGAUUGUUUCCAGACCAGCUCUGAUUUGAGUGUAGUAGUUUAAGCUGCAUACUUGCUCUGUGUCAUGGUCUCUAUUUACUCACCAGUUCCUGUCAAUGUUUUACAGGCUACUUUUGCAAGUGUCCUGCAUCGUUCAUGGGCACCCACUGUGAGAUUGGGAUCAGCCCCUGCGCUUCCAACCCCUGUCUGUACGGGGGCACCUGUGUACCUCGUGCAGGCGACUUCUACUGCCAGUGUAGAGGACAGUACUCUGGACAAAGGUAUGACGCCAGUAUCUGUAGUAUCAGUUUUAUCUGUUUAAGUUGAAGCUAGACUUCUAGAUGAACUGGGUGCAUUUGUAUCAUCAUAUAUAUGCAUGAAAUCUCUCUUACAGAUCACUUUACAGCCUUACAUGUCCUUCAUAAACAAAGAAAAAAAACCUGUAUUUUUCAGACUAUAAGGCGCACUUAAAAUCCUCAUAUUUUCUCAAAAAUUGACAGUGCCCCUUAUAAUCCAGCACGCCUCAUGUAUGAUUACUUGUGGUGCUGACUGACCGAUUUUAUAUAUACCAAUUAUAUUUAUUUAAUAGCUUCCAUGUCAUGUGACUAAAAGACCUAAAAUUCAUUUCAAAUAAUAGCACUAAGGUCGGACAACAAGACACAUUAUUUGAUCAUUUUUUAUUGUGCCCCUUAAGUUCUUCGUGUGCUCCUUACUUUUUCAACUUAGGAGCACAUGUGCCUCUUGUGAAAAAAGUUAGUGUCAAGCCCUGCAAAGACACGUUAAUUCACAGUGCACCAUAUAAUCUAGUGCACCUUAUCGCCCGAAAAAUACUGUAUCACAGUUUUAAAAAUAAAUACAAUCUGUGUCAACAUGUUUGAAGAGUAAGGCACUGAUACAUUUUUAACUACACUCCUUCUGAAUUUAGGUGUCAGCUGGGACCGUACUGCAGAGACAACCCUUGUAAGAACAGUGGAAAGUGUAUCGACAGUCUGGAUGGUCCAGUCUGUGAGUGUGAAGUAGGAUUCCAGGGAGACAGGUGCGUCAAUACUGAGACUCAUGAGCAAAACUUCAAUUUCAUUAUGUCUCAGAAAAGGAAAAAAAAAAGGUAGGUUUGCUCACUCACUUUGGCUGACUUGCUCCUUGUGUGUGUCAGGUGCCUCAGUGACGUGGACGAGUGCAUGAAGAACCCCUGCUCAAACGGAGGACAGUGUCAGAACACAUACGGCUCCUUCAGGUGUAACUGCUCUCUGGGCUUCAGCGGGCAGAUGUGUGAGCUCCGCGCCGAGGUCCGCAACGAGUUCGUCUCCACCUCUUGGAACAUCGGCCUGGAGGAGGUGAUCGGCAUUGUGGUCUUCGUGUCAAGCAUCUUCAUCCUUGUCCUCCUCUUCAUUAUCAUCCGCAAGAGGGCGUGUCGCAGCAAGUCAAAGAGUGAUGACGACAAACACGGCGGGGGCUCAAACGUGCCACACUCCUUCCUGCAGAGACCGUUUUAUGACUCCAAACUGAACAAGAACAUCUACUCUGACAUCCCGCCACAGGUUCCCGUCAGGCCCAUCUCAUACACUCCCAGCAUUCCCAGUGAUUCAAGGAACAACCUGGACAGGAACUCAUUCGAGGGCUCAGCCAUUCCAGAGCAUCCAGAGUUCAGCACCUUCAACCCCGACUCCAUGCACGGACACCGCAAGACUGUGGCUGUGUGCAGCGUAGCACCCAACCUCCCUCCUCCCCCACCUUCCAACUCAGUGUCAGACAGCGACUCCAUCCAGAAGCCAAACUGGGACUACGACUACGACAGUAAGUUGGAUUCUUGAUAACAAAACGGUGGUCUCUUUAUCAUUUGGUGCUCACAUCUUUGAAACAAAGACUCGUUUUUUUUACCAUUACCAUCUGUUUUCGGUUUAAUCCUUUUGUGAAGAUAUUUUAAUUAAAUUUUUGGUAGCACCAUUUUAUGGGCCCUUAAUUUCAUAAUUAUUUCCUCGGGAGCAUCCUUGAAAAACAUUAAUUUGCGAUUAAUAGCAGAGGAAAUGGAGGCAAUGUUUAAUAGUUACUCUUCCAUUUAAGUAGUUCUAAUCAUUUUGGAGUUUGAGCUGUGAGUGUUUCUGCAAUAAAGCAUUCAAUUAAAUCACCGUAGCAAAAUAGAUACCAUUAACACAUCCGGAAACAUUAACUUCUACCCUGUAUGCAAAUUAUUAACCCUUAAAAAAGGGAGGUUCUUGACAGUGGAGCUCAGCACUUGUGGUUUUGAAUUGUUUGCAGUUAAUACUAAAUUCUGGGCUACACAAGUCUUGCUUACACUGUAAACACAAUAUAAAAGCUGAAAAAUUUUACAAAAAGAAAAAAUCUGUGGUCAUUCUGAGUUUAUAUUUGUUAGGGCCUGUGUCCACCAGUGGCGUUUUAUGUUCUAUUUUCUAUACAAGACCUGUAGAGAUCAGGAUUUUAAAAAAUGUAAACUUCUGAAUCACCACCGCACUCUUCAGUGUCAUAUCUUUGUCAUCAACCAGUCAAAAUCAAGCACGGACAAGGCUUCUGAUAUCACCUCUGUCAGCAACAAAAACAAAUGGGGGUGUUAUUUCCAGGUUCAGAUCUUCUUCUAAGCAAUGUUUAUAUUUACCUCAUAAAAUUCCACAAAUUUAAAGCAAGUAUGAAGCACACAGAGAAACUGCCUAACAAUCACUACUAAGAAAAAAAAGUGCCAAAAACAUCUUUUGUUACCUAGCUGGUGUUACAUGCCCUGAAAAUGAGGUCAUGGAAGCAAAAACCACGAUAAGUGUAAACAGGCCCUUAUUUUUUCAAAAACAAAUAAGGGCCUGUUCACACUUUACUUUAACAGCAAAACUGGGAUAAAGAACAAAAGGGCUCACAAUCAAAGGUGAAUUUGUUGUGUUGAGUUUAACAGCGUUGCUUUGCUCUGUAAGGGAUGUUUGUAGGUUUUCACUAAAAUCAAACUAUGCCAACUCUCCUAGCUAAAGUGGUGGACCUGGACUCAUGCCUGACCAAGAAGCCUGUAGAGGACAGCGCAUGUCACCCUUACAACACCCGGGGCAGCAUGUCUGAGGUCCACUCGCUCAGCUCUUUCCAGUCAGAGUCCUGCGAUGAUAACGGUACGCUAACACUCAGCAGUUUCCUGUCCCUUUAAGAAUAAAGAUGAUGUAUUGACAAGAUGUAAUCUCGCACUUAUGAAGAGUUAUUGAUUUCCUCUUCUGUCUGAUCAGCCUGCAGAGUUUAAUGACAAAUACCUUUUGCUUGUUGAUGAUCAUGCUAACACUGUUUCUCUGCAUGCUCAGAGUGGAUGGCCCUAAAAUAUGGUGUCUCUGGGGUCACUUGUUCUUUUCUCUUUCUUUUUGCUGCGGGGCUUCAGCUCCCAUAUGGAUCAAAUCAGUCCACAGAUCCAGAACAAGGUUUUAAAUAGGGGGUCCGGCCUGUAAGUUUUCAAUCACCUCCAGUACAGACGGAAGCAAUCACGGCAUUUUUUUCUGUGUAAUUCUCCCGGGAUUGUAUACGUUUGUGAAAACAUGUCCACGCUCAGCUCCUCACAGGAGUUUGAUGACUUACUCAGACAGCAGUUCUGUUGUUUCAAAUCACUCAGGACGUUCUUGAUCUUUUAUUUACAUGCAUGCCUUUUCUUCUUUUUCCUUUGUUUUCUUUGUUUUUCUUUUCCAAUACAUAGCUAAAAAAGGAUGUUUGAAACAAACAUCACGGAACAUACCACAAGGGUAUAAACUCAUACUACAUUAUGUUCUCCAUUUCCUUUUCAUAUCAUGUUUAUUUCCCUCAUGUCAUUAUAAGAGAAUCAUGCAGGGAUCGUGCUGCUCAUAAGUCAUCAAACCUUCAUCUCUUACCUUCAAAAUAAAUUGAAUAUUACCUAAACAGUUUUUCCUAUUUCCUCCAAUCAUUUUCAAACACUCAGAGGAAUUUGUGUGUAUUCAUGUUGGAAAUGCGUAAAAAAAUCUCCGGGGAAUUUCACUGAUUCUUCCAUCUGUACUGUCAGUGGCACCCCAUAGUCUUUCAGUAUGUUGUUGUUGUGUUAUCUUGCACAAACAAAUCCAGACCCCCGUCUUCCAUUAUGUCUCCUCUCAUGCCAUCUUGUGCACAACCAUGAACCCCUCCCCUCUCCCAAACAAACACUUGAGAUACGUCCAACAACAUGGACAGCGACAUUUGUGGAAUGUGUCGCGCAUGUUGUCAUCACUCCCGCCACCAUGAACUCCAUGUUUUAUUUUGUGAAAUUUUAAAAGCAUUUGUACUAAUGCUGGAUCUCCUCCUCCCUCCUCCCCCUCUCACAAGCCUCCAUAGUGACAGUAAUCCACCUUGUCAACCGUGCUGUUGACUUGGUGGAAAGAGAAGGUACUCUUUUAUUGCUUCCAUCUGUCGCUAGUUGUGUCCUUGGUGUUGGGUUGUGGAGUGUCGAGGAUGUAGAGCUGCCAUUCUCUUACACUGACAAACAGCAUCCAGACGUCUGCCUCUAAAGCAUCUAAUUAAAAAGAACAAACACUUAAUUAAAGAGUCAUUAAACAUGUUUCUGUAUUGAUCUUUGCCAGCAUUUGAUUACACACCUCCAGUAGUCUGUUUAAGAAAAUGGCAGUGGUGUAGUCCACCACUGAACCUGUCAUUAUCCUUAUUUUCUCUUUCAGUAUUUCAUUGUCCUCAUUUCAUUCGUGUUAUUAGCUGGUUGUUCUCUCCACUCAGGUUUUAAUGUGACUUCUUUUCUCUCUCUUUCUCUCUCGCCUCCUAUUAAAGAGUCUUUUUUGGCUCAUGAUCUCAAGAACCCAAGAGGUGACUUUUUACAUCUUUGUUUGCCUGUUGUUUUCUGCUGUUUCUUCCCUUUAAAUUUUAACCACUAACCCUUAACGCUCAGUCAAAACAGUGGGUGAAACCCCCUCGAUGAGGGAGCGUGACACUGAGUGCUGUCGUACUGCACAUGUAUGAGUUGACUCUGUCUCUGCUCUUUGUAUUUACCACCCUGAGAAAACUUAAUCAGUGCAUGGUUUUGAUUCUGUGACAAAAUGAAAUAGAUCAGUUUUAACCGUAGCACUGUUUGAUCAAAUACUGUGUUGAUAGGCAAACUGAAAUCCAACUCUCUGGAGUCUAAAUUUGUGUUUGUGUUUUUGUUGCCUAAAAAAAUUAACCCAAACUGGAACCUUUGUAAGUGUGAACCUGGAGGUCAAUUCUUGAAGUGGUUGAACAAAUGACCUUUUCUUCUGUAAUCUGAUGUAUUUCCCAAUGAAAUUAGUACAAGUGGAUCUCUCUUAGUGGACGUUGCAUAUUGACUACAAUGGUUUGAUAAGAAGCCAUAGAGACAUGUCAUAGAAGAGUUUAAUAACACUCACCCUUCCUUCACUUAAAGGGAUAUUCCGGCGUAAAAUUAAUUUAGGGUCAAACACACCAUAACACCGAGUUAGACACCCCCUCGAGAGAUGAAUGUUGCAGACAGGUUGUUUCUCUAGUUAAACUAACUUUAUAUCCCUUGAAGCUGAUCUGUUAUAUGAAACUCUUGAAAAAAUGAAUGUCUGAUCUGACGAUAACAACAACCCACCAGCUUACAGGCAAGUGAGGUUUUACCCAUUAGGCAGGUUAAGCAGGCAGCAAAUCAGUUCAGUUGAAUGAAUUUAUGUCAAAGCUGUUUGAACAGGCAGAAACCUUGAACAGAACCAGACUCGUUUAAGACAGUCAUCUGCUGCUACUGCAUUGGGUUUAGCAAGGGGAUAGAGGGAAAUACAGAAAUAGAGAGAUGGACAGAGGUGAGACUGAUGCAUGUAGUUGAAGCAGCUGGAAAGCAGGCAGGUCCACAUGUCUGCAGCAGCGAUCCAGAGGAGCCCACAACACAAUGGAGCACAGUGACUCUCAGUUUGAUGUGGCAAAGCAGAUGGCUAACAGAAAAAGACAUGAUAGAUUUGAUGGAUUUGUACUCAAUAGCCAUUUAAUGAUAAGGCAGCCACUUUUCCGGCCAUGUUUCUACAGUAGCACAGAACUGACAAACAUACGUGUUUUCACGUUACUCCACACUGGACUUAAAGACCAAUGUGACAUUUUAAGAGUAUUACAGCAGGAACAUCAGGAGGAUUUUUCUGUAAUGUAGAUAUUUAUAAUAUUAUAAAACUAGACAAAAUGAAAAAAAUAACAGAGAAAGAUAAAACACGUCUCACAGUAUCUGUUAGUCUGUCAGUGUGUCUGCAGUGUGUUGCUGUCACAGUGGCGUAAAGUGUUUAUUAAUGAACAACCCGUUGUGUUAGUGUGAUUUUUGUGUUAUUGUUGCAUGGUGUGGGUUUUGAUAUUAACACGUCUCAUACUGUUUGUGAGUUGGUGGACUUGGAUGCCGGACCUUAAUGACUGUGUCUGUUGUUGCCUCCUCAAACAGGAUAUCACUGGGACACAUCUGAUUGGAUGCCAAGUGUUCAACUUCCUGGAAUCCAGGAGUUCCCUCAGUAUGAGGUUGUGGAGUCGCCCGCCCCUCUGUACAGUGACCCGAGUGCCAUCGACACCGACUACUACCCCAGCGGCUUUGACAUUGAAAGUGACUUCCCUCCGCCGCCAGAGGACUUCCCUGCAAACGACGACCUGCCGCCACCACCUCUGCCUGAGUACGCCGACCGCUGCGACACGCUGCGGCCUCUGGGCAGAGAUCUGGACCCUUCUCCAAGUGGUCCAGGAGGCUCACCCGGGGUUCGCCAGCGUCCGGCUCUGCCCCAACUAUACAGUCUUAACCAGUACCUGCCGCAGCACUCCUACGCCAGUGACUCCGGCGACAAUGAGGGCCAGGGCGCCACCUCCACCUCAAACAACACCACCCCGGCUUCCACCAUGGGCACCAGCGGCUACAGAGGGGGCUACCCGUUGGGUUGUAGUCGGGACUUUGACUCGUCAGCUUUGGACAACAUGUCCAUGUCUCUGUACACGUCCACAGCCUCCUGCUCAGACAUGUCGGCGUGCUGCGAGGAGUCCGAGGUGAUGAUAAGCGACUACGAGAGCAGCGACGAGGGACCCUUUGAGCGGCUGGUCAUCCCGGGGCUGGACUCCCAACAGCACACUGAAGUCUGACACUGGAUCCAAACAAAAGUGCCUGAACCCACAACUACACCUUAUGUUCGCCCGCCACACACCAUCCACAUGUCCACACAGAAAACACAACAGACACACAAACACUAAGGAUCGACCAAUACUCGUCAUCGGACGAUUUUUUUCCACAGAUAGCCGAUAAAGUAUGUUUAUUUUAAAACGCAAUCAUAUGGCUUUUACACAGCCGCCUGUCUCUGCCUGAAGUCACCACUCUUGGCGGUGUAAUAAUGUCGCGCCUACAGUCCCCACUGAUGGGCUACAGCCAAUCAAUACUCAAUAAGCUUCUAGGUGCAGCUCCACAGCAAGGCAGAGAUAGAAGAAAGUGCUCUGUGAAGCAGCGGUAUGCUGCCGCUGAUUGGAUGAGAGACUCCUAUUCCUUUUACUUACAACUAAAAGCUCAAGUAAACCAAAUAAAAGCAAGCAGCAGCUACUGUAAUCAUUACAGAAAUAGCAUUGUUUAGCACUGGAGCAGAUACAGAUCAAGAAUACACCAAGUAAUACAGUUAACUUUAGCCUGCUUCUCAACAAACGGCAGUCAAUGUCAAAAAUAAGAUUCUUCAACUUACACUUCUCAUAAAACCACCACAGUUUUCACAAACACCAUGAAGCAUGGAGAGAUCAAACAAAAGAAACUAACAAGCAAGUAACACCACCGCUAGAGGUGCUCCUUGGUAUCUGAAAAGCUUACGGAGCUAGCAUGUGCUACUUCCGGUUCGUUCUCAUUUCAAAAUAAAAGCACAUGUUUCAAAAUAAGCCCAAAAUAUACAUUUUUACUGCAAAUGAAUAUAAUGGUUCUUAAUAUCGGUCAUUGGUUUUCUUGAUUACUAAUAAUCGAUAAAAAAACAAACAAAAAAAAACAUAUUGGUCGGUCCUUAACACACACACAAACUCACACACACACACACACACACACACACACAGUGAACUGAGUCAAACACAGGGGUUGUUGAGACUGGUUCAAGGGCCAAUCGGCUGAGGGGAUCUCCUGAAGCUAUAAGAGAAACUCUGUAGCAUCUUAGCGUCUGCUCAGUCCAACUCCUGCCCCUCAAAGUGGGUGGUGCCAUUGCUUUAAGUAACCAUCAUCAUUCACAGGAAGUGGAUUGUCUGAAGGAUAAUCGUUUCAAUGUAAAACAAAAGCAUCAAGAGGAAAAAAAAAGAAUAUUCAUGAUGACAUCUUUAUUUCUAUAAAUAAAACCAAGCAAAGUUUUUUUUAUACAAAUCCUCAUUUUCAGUGUAAAUUUAACUGUACAGUUUUGAUUUCAAAGUUUACUAGGUUUUGUAGAUAUUCUAUGCUUUUAUUUUCAACAAAAAAGACUUAAAUGGUGUGACAUUAUCAGCCUUACUGUGCUUACAUUCACAAAAAAAAGAAACAUUUAAAAAAAGAGAAAAAGAAGAAGAAGAAAAGAAUGUGGCUUUUCCGAAAUCACGCAAUGUACUCGUAAAGUUUAUCGUCUCCUGCUCAUUUCAAAAAGGGUCUUCAAUGAACGACUGCAUAUUCUCGUGUUGUUUUUUUUAUUUGUUUGUUUGUUUGUAAAUUUUGACUUUGGAACCUCUUUAUUUUUCCACCAAGAAAAUGGGACCCAAUAUAUUUAUAGUGCAGAGUUAUCCAUGGACACGUGACUUUUUCAGGUGUCUAUGUGUGUGUGAGCAAUGCUUUGGUCUUGUUAAGGUUUUUAUUGAAUACUGCCACGAGCUCACGCUUUCCUACUGGCGAUAAAUUAUUCCUAAAAAAUACUGCUGCUGUCUGUCUGAUUAUUUCUCCACUGGGCUGUUACAUACUGCUGGUUUCAAGUCAUUGUAGUUAGUAUAAUGGGGAUACUAGGCAGGCCCUGAACUCAAAAUAAUUAUCUCAUGCACACAACAUAAAGAAAUAUUACUUCUUAGGACUGCAGGAGCUUCUAUGAUACACCACUUUUGCUGUUGGUUUUGUGAGUAUUAUAACAAAGUAAAUAAUAGGAACCCAAACUUUUCAUAUUUGGCCUUAAGGGGUGCUGGUGGAGACAAUGCAAGAGCAGAAGCCAUCCAGCAAGCAGAGCUGUAGGACUGACAUCACACCCCUACAAAGAAAACCCACAUUUAACUUACCCCCUAAGGUUUGUACAGAGGAGCAGAUUAUUGAAACAGAUGUGGUUUUGCAAAGUUCAAUCAGUCUUGUUUUGUUUAAGUGUUUUCUGUAUUUUGCAAGUCUAGUGAAGAAACCAUCAGCCUCCAUCAGUCAGCAGAGCUGUCAAUCAUGAAAGAACACAGACUCCGUUCUUUUUAACUUCAAACAAGUAAUAAAAACAUUUUUUGGGGGGGUUAAACACUUUAUAACAAGGAUGACAUGAGCCGUUUGUUUGGGGAAAAAAAUGAUGAGUAUCUUAAAGUUGGGGUAGGCAGGAAUCCAUAAAGAAGCAUCUUUUUUUGUAGUGAAAAUACAAAAAAGCUUUUAAUAUCAGUCAGUAGCUAUUAGUUAUUGAUGACAUUUGGUAUAAUAACGAUAUCGCUGUGUUUUGUUAUGUCUGUGUAGGCAACAUUUUAAAUUUUUUGAGCGGUCCGCUCUUUCUCCACCUCCCCGAUCUGAUUGGCUGUUAGGUGGAUGCUGCUUCUUAGUGCUGAUUGGUUGUGAGGCAGACGCUUUUCCUGUGUCACUUAGGAGCCUGAACAAAGUUAGCGUGCUACAAUAUCGGACAGUAGAAACCAACCAGAAAGUACAGAAAAUCAUCUGAACCCUCCUUUAGCCACGACUGCCAACACAAGCAAGAAAACGAAGUAAAUACCGGAGACUCUGGCGGAAUAACGGGUGCUUAAAAAGGAGGUAGACCACCUGGGCAAGAGCUAAUAAAGCUGGUCAACGAUGAUGGUGGACGCUUUGGGAUGUUACUGACCCUGUAACCUUUACGCUGGACAGGUAAACCGCUUCAACAAGUAAGCCAAGUGUCUGUAACAGUAGUGUGUCUUGUCAAACGGGACCUGCUGCGUGUUGUAGCACCGCUAAACUGUUUACCUCAGGUCCUGGAGUUUGUCACUUUAUCCUAGUUUUAGAAGUCCUGCCAACAUUGUGUUUGAUGGUAGUUUGUUGGCAUCUACAGUAGCACCAAUGCUUUUUACUUUCAUGUUGACUGGGCCCCAUUUGUAAUUACCUGAAAUAUUUAUCUGCAAUAUGUAUGAAUUUAAUUAAAAUGAUAUGAGCGAGCAGGAACGUCUGUUUGUGGGCGGGGCUUGAUGGAGCAGAGAGGGAGGGGAGAGGAGGAGCUGAGGGGAAAACUGAUUGGGAGGGGUAGUGUUUACAUUCAAGAUUUCUCCCAAAAACUGGCCCUUCCUCAGAUCCUGCCUACCCCACCUUUAAUUUUCAAGCUUGUUCCCUGACCAGUCUGUAGUAAAGGAGAAGCUGUCCUUCAGCCUGUCACCAGGGGAAGCUCUAACAGUUGUAGCUUCAAUAGGGCCAGCUCACUUCAGUCGUAAAACUAAGGUUCAGUUUUCAUUCUGAAUAUGUUACCAAAUAUGUUGUCAUGCAGCACUGUAGCAUCUAUGGGGCAUAAGGUCAUAUUUUCCAUAUUUCAAUGUGGAACAGGCUGAUCCAGGGUAAGAAGAACACUGUCAGAGCAUGUGAAAUAAUCAGGGGAGCACGAGUCAGACAUACAUGGAUGAAUUCAAAACGCUGAACUCUCCAUCACAUCUUGUUUCAGUCCUCUUCUCAGUCUGACAGCUCGGUGUCACCUCUCUCCUCUGCCUCCCCGAGGCUGUGUGUAUCAAUAAAGCUCGCUUGUCUCACAUGAGGAUGAGAAACUAACAUGACCCUGAUAGCUCCAGGCCUUAUCCAGCACCACACUCACUCUGUGUUUCUUACUGUUUGGACUGUGCUGACCCGGUCACAGCUCCAUGCAGGACUGACUGUUGUUCCUCCUGGGCUCUGCAGUGAAGGCUGACCCUUGACCUCCAGUCAGGACAGUUGAGUCACUUCACAUCUGCUGUGACAGGCCAACUACUGUCAAGACAUCCCUGCUUCAUCUCUAAUGAGUAACAUCAUGCCGCUGACCUGACAGCCUGUCCGCAUGGAAGCAGUUUCAGAUGAACCGCUGGAGAGACUGCAGAGUUUGCUGAAGCUGACGUGAACACUCAAAACAACCCCAGUACCCCAAAGAAAAGGGGUUUCUACAUCUCCUGUGUCCUUAUAAUGACAUAAUGAAGACACAAGUGCUUAUUGAGGUAGCAUAUAAAAAAGAGAACAAUUUUUUGGUUGCCAGGUUGAACUAAACUGCGAUUAACAUUUGUGCUUCACCAACAAGACUUUCUUUGUUUUUUUCAUGGGAAAGAGCCUCAGAUUCACAAAGCUACCAUGAAUGAAAACCCAAUGUACUAUUUUUUAUGACCUAAUCACUUUAAAUAGAGGCUUUAUCUUGUUUAAUAAACCCAAGCAAGAGAAAAAUAAUGGAGCAGUUAUUCCUUAUUUCUCAUUUUUAAAGCCUCAAAUCAUUCAUUUUGAAAUAAACGUUCAAUAUUUGAGCAAAGAUGAUUAUUCGGUGGUUGGAAAAUUAGACAAUCCAGUGUGUGAAGGCCUAAAAGCUUCUGAACUAAUCCCUAUUUACACCCCUGUUAAAAAACUUAACAGCAUAAUUUAAUUACAUGUUUACAGGCAGGUACAAGAAACAUAUUUGAUCUCAUUUCUGUAUUUAUCCACACUGUGCCACAGGCAAUGUUAUUUUAUUAAGCUUUAUUUUGGGCAGGAUUUUAUAAACCCUUUGUUAGAGAUCUGUAUCCUCUGAACAUGUAGCACUCGUUUGCACGUCAUUUUUGUUUUGUUUUUGUUUUUGCUGUACAGUGAUACAGACCUCUCUGAGUAGGCAAAGUCACUAACUGUCAGGUACCAAUAGUGGUACCUGACAGGUACCACUAUUGGUAAAAAUUACGGAAUUACCGAGAGCUUUUUUGCUUUAAAUCUGUAUACAGGUGGAAGGCAGAACCAAGUUGUCCAUAGUAUAUACAGUCUCUGGUUAGGACUGAUGCGAACCACAAUUUUACCACCCCAACUUUCUUGAAAUGUUACGUCCAUUCAAAGAUAAAGAACAACUCAGGCUGCAGGGAAAAUGAACAUUAAGAAAAAAAAAAGGUUGACUGGUCCUUUGAAAGUAAUGCUUUAUUUGGAAGUGGUACCAACUUGCAAGUCUGUGAAAUGAAUGGCCUCCUCCUUCUUAAUUUCUCACUAAUUUUUCCUCACUGAAUAUCUGACAGUAAUAAGAACUAAAUCAAAUCUUGUCACCCACCGUCCUUGAGCUCCUUUUUCAAGAGCACUUCUGUUUACACUUUUAAACUGUCAAAACUACUAUUUAAUUUACUCAAAUACCUUUUUUUCUGUGUACAUUCAGUAAGUGGGACAGAAAUUUACCCAAGAAUUCUUAAGAUGCUUUCCCACAAGCUGUGUCAUCAUGCUGCUCUACUUGUCAAAGCACCUCAGAGCAGAUAACGUUCCUCCGUUCUGACAGUUAAAUCCAGGGUCCCUCUGUUUAUUUCAAUCAGGAGAGUCAAGAUGAAGAAUAAGAAUAUAUUUAUCAAUUGUUAGAAUGUUGCUGGGCAGAAAGUAUUGGACUCUAUGGGUAGAUUCUGAGAUUUUAAGAUGACUGAUCUGUGAGGCAGCUGGAUGAUUCCCCCAUGGAGUCCUGAAGCUGCUGGUGGUGGUUGCUGAUGACUUGCUGGGACCAGAUGGAUGAAGUAUGGAAUUGAUGAUUCUGCAGAGACCGGUGGAGAUGGGGAGGAGGAGGGUGCGCA